ACGUUGUGGGGAAAGAGAGAGUUGCAGACAGAGCAGUGUGAGUGUGUAUGUGUGUGUCGGGAAGUCUGUAACUUGUUUAGUUUAUUAUUCACCCAUACACACACACUCAUUUUAAGGAAACAACCAACCAGCAAGAAGUGGAAUCUCUCUUUUCUUUAUUGUGUUUUCGGCUCCAGGUGCGCCGAUGCGCGCGGACCUGUUGGCUCUUUUUGGCUACAGCCCCUCAAACUUUUGGAAAAACUUGUGCAAACUUUCUCAGGAAGACGAUGCAGAGACGAGAGUGUGGGGAAAACAGGGUGAUAUGACCCUGUGUAAACUCUAAUGACCAACUUCUCCCUCUCUCUCCAAACACACGUGAAACAGCCGCAGCGCGUCCAUGUCCAGGCUCGAGCCAGCAUGACUCUGUCCGGCGGUUUGUCGGAUACUUGUCAGCUCGUUUUACGCGACCACAUGGAGCCGGAGUUGUGGAAAUAACUGGACUUCACUCAUGCUUUCUCGGGUAUAAUCGCCGCAACACGUUGGGGAGCAAACACUAACCACCGUGCACACUUGUUGGAGAAAGAGUGAGAAGAGUUACGAUGCGGGGGACUUUGGGCGCUUUCAUUCAGUCCUGUGUGAUCCUCCUGGUCCGAGCAGACCAGUGGAGGUUAAAGGACUCCACCAACUGCGAGCUUAACAAGAAAGUAAGUCAUUAGAAAUAACAGCCAAGUCAGAUGUUACAUUUGCUUGUUGGGUAUUUUCUGCUGUUGACUGGUUUUCCUAAAUCUACCACAUUGUCUGUUCUUGUAGACAAUAUCAAAUAUCAACAACUGGGUGUUAUGUUCCCUGUAAUUUUUCUUUACUUUAAAAAUAGCCAUGUGGAAUUUAAAUAGUUUUUAAUUAUUGUUUUAGUAAUGUUUUGCAACCUGCUCAUUUACAAGUUGAUAAAAUAGAGAAUUUAUCUUCUUGAAGUUUCAUUUCAAGCACACCAGCUUCAGAUAUUCUCUUUUAGUUGUAACUCAAAGAAAUGGUUUGAAAAGAAAGAUUAUUGAUAUAUAAUGCUGGCACUUGUAGGUUUUUUUUGGACUGGGUAAAUGUUUAAAACUUAAUGGGCAUUCAAACCUGUUAUAUCAGUUAGCUAAAAAUCUAGUUUUGGGCGUUGUGUUUGAGGAAGACCCUUGUCUUAAAUUAUCCACACAGGUAUGACUUAGCAAAAAUGCCAUCACUUGCGGACUUAAUCAGUUUCCUUGUAUUGAGUAUUUCAACCUAAUGAGCUUUGAGAAUUUCCCAGUUUGGGAUCAAUAAAGUAUGUCUAUCUAUCUAUAUCUAUCUAUCUAUCUAUCUAUCUAUCUAUCUAUCUAUCUAUCUAUCUAUUCUACACCUCUGUUGUUAAAACCUUUCCUGUCAGUGUGUUAGAUUAACUGUUUAAUUUACUAUUAGACAAUUUUCUGGUCUCAUUUAGCGGAAACAGACAAGAACAACCCAGCUCUGAUUCUCACAAUCACUGACAUGUGUAUUGUUGGUUUGGCACCUGGGCCCUAAGUGGCCUGUUAAUAAGUCAUUAUCAGUCUGUUAGGAGUCGGUCUAAUAAACAGCCUUUUGUAGACGAGGCUGUGGUUUUGCUGUUUGGUGUCAGACAGACUCAGUGUUGGCUCAUGGUGGCAUGAAGCAACUUCAAAGUGAGAAUUGUGACAUCUUUGUUUUCUGCACUUAAAAACACUUUUUUCCAUAUUUAUAAAAGAAAUGUUGGGUCACAAAAUUUUACCCUGAAAAUCUUCAUUCAACACUUGAUCAGUUUAAAGUCUUGGCCCUGUGUCUUGAAGCUUUAAAAUCUAUUCUUAAAACUAUCUUCAGACAUUCAAGGUGCCAAAAAAUAUCAAAUAAUUACAAACUAUUGAAUACAUGACAAAUCCAUGCGACACUCAUGAGGACCUUUUUAUUUCUCCUCCAGCAAACAGACCUCAACUCCUUCUUGUGGACCAUCAAACGGGACCCUCCCUCAUAUUUCUACGGUACAAUCCAUGUCCCCUACACCCGUGUGUGGGACUUCAUCCCUGAAAACUCAAAGCAGGCCUUCCAGGAGAGCAAUAUCGUCUACUUCGAGCUUGACCUGACAGACCCUUACACCAUUUCAGCCCUGACUAGCUGCCAGCUGCUUCCUCAGGGCGAGAACCUGCAGGACGUCCUGCCCAGAGACAUUUAUCGCAGACUCAAAAGACAUCUGGAGUAUGUCAAGCUCAUGAUGCCUUCCUGGAUGACCCCCGAUCAGAGAGGGAAAGGACUCUAUGCGGAUUAUCUCUUCAACGCCAUCGCGGGGAACUGGGAGAGGAAGCGGCCUGUUUGGGUGAUGCUGAUGGUGAACUCAUUAACUGAGGCUGAUAUAAAGACACGAGGGGUGCCAGUCCUGGACUUAUACUUGGCCCAGGAGGCGGAGAGGAUGAGGAAGAGGACGGGGGCUGUCGAGAAGGUGGAGGAACAGUGCCAUCCACUCAAUGGGCUCAACUUCUCACAGGUAAGUUAGAAACUGUACACACUGAAUUAAUUGCUUAUAUGAAGUCAAAUCUAUGAUAAUGGAAAAAUUAAAUCAACUGUUUGUCAAGUGAGGUUGGCAGAGGUGACAUCAUAGAGCAGGAGAAAGUUAGUACAACAAAUAUAUACAAGGUUUGCAAGGUGUGCUACAUGAAAAUAAAAUACAGCGUAAAUAAGACAAACAGAAAGGAAAGACAAAUGCUAAAUUAGCCGAACAAUUGAAUCUUAAUAUGUUGUAUCGCAAUACUCACUGUAUUGUAAAAAAUCGCAUUAAUAUCGUAUCAUGGCCCAAGUAUUGUGAUAAUGUCGUAUCGUGGGGCCAUUGGUGAUUCCCACCCCUAACACACUGCUGAUGGUUAUUAAGCUGCGCUCAGGCUUUUAGAUGGAGUGUGGGAUCAGUCACAGGGUUGUUGCUACUUUGACUUUGUCACAUCCUGUAUGCCCUUCUUAGUUCACAGACUGUAACACGGUUAUAGCUCUCACUGUAAAAUCACAGGCCUUGACAUGUCCAGACGUUUAAGCUGCUUUGACUAAAUUUAAACUCAUGAAUUUCUAUGAAACAUUUUAAAGUUUUAUUUGGUCCCUAAACACUUUGGAUGUUAAUGACAUUUUACCAGAGCUCUGUUAGUGACAAAAAUAGUUUGUUUAUGGUGACACAAAAGUUACUUAAAGGCAGAAAGUCUACAGUUUGAACCUACUUUGUCUAUUUUAAACUUUGUGCUCUCUCAACUUCUUCUGUUACUCAUGUUUUUGGUGGUUUGAGAUGAUAAAAAGUACGUAUAAGGCAGCUGGUGUCUGAUCCUUAAAGUUGGUUUUAAUUAACAUGGUAUCCUAUUGUUUCAUCUAAGGAUGCAACAUAUAAAUAAACAAGGCCAGAUGUAUGGAUUCAGUCUGUUACAAUGAAGGUCUGUAGUUUUAUCUUUUCCCUCUGCUUCAUUGCUUUUUCCCGGUGAAGGAGUGAAGGAAGGUGUGCUGUUAAUAAUCAGCUGUACAAACAUCCAGCCGUGCUCCGCCACGCUCUUUGUUAUUAAAGAAAAAUGGAUCCUAAUGACUCAAGUCUGAAAUUACCAGAAAAAAAGGGACCUUGUUCUUCAGCCAGAACUCUGAGGUCCCCUUGUCUGCCUGACUGUCUGUAUGCCUGUUCCCUCUGUGACCUUUUCAGUAUUACAAACAUCUUUCAAAGGCAGCAGUCACUAUGAAAUCAUGUUGCGUAUUAUUGAGGAAUUUCUGCUAAAGCUGGUCAGGAGCUAAAGGGAUUACACAUUACCAUUUAGCCUAACACCCAGAAGCUUUAAGUGUUGUUAUUUUAAAGCAGGCCCACUCUGCCCUCAGACUAGGAGUCUCAGAAACCAGCCGGCAGCCCUUUUAUUAGCCAUCUCUCCAGUGAUGGAAGAAAAAGGUGGGUGGUGGGGUUAGAAUUGUUUAACUGUUGCAGUAUUGGCCUAUUGAUCAGCACAUGGUAUGAACUAGAGUAAAAAUAUAUGAGAUGACUGAAGUAAGAUAUAAAUUUUUAUUUUUUUAUGUGCCUCAUGUCCUUGUUCAAGUUUUUCUUUUGGCAGACCAACCUAACAAUUUGAUAUGUUAUUUCCAAUAAGUAUCAGUGUGUUUGACGAGGCUGUUGUCACCAGAUAUAUUAAAACACCAGUCGGUGGUCAAGCUUGUUUUAAAACACUUGCAUGUGGUUGCAUAAAAGUUGGUUGUUCUUUUUCAGACAAGUUUUUGGAGGCACUGAGCGUCUGACUGACAACUGAGACAAGGGUGUGCCUCUGAAAUUACGAUUACCACGGAAACGAUAUUAAUAGUAAGCUUGAUGGUUAUAGAUGGCAAAGGUUUUACCCCACAGUUACUAUUUCCCUUUACUUUGACAUGUAUCGCAAGUCAAACUUCUCCGGUACAGGUGUCAGUUAAUGUUGCAGAAAUACUUCAUUGUCAUUUUUCCUUCCUGGUUGGUGGCACUGGAGUAGAUUACAUCCAGGUGUGUCCUACUGCACUUUUGCUAAUAAAAAACACAUAAACUGGGUACAAAGCAAGGUGCAGGGUGCCUAAGGGGCUGUAUUUGGUCCCUUAUUUUCUUAGGUGUACUUGUGCUUUACAUAAAUCAAACCAGUCAGGAUUUCCUUUCACUUAGUCUAAAAGCAAGGCACCCCUCAUCCUCUGCAUGGCUAUUGAGAGUAUAGGUGCAGGAUAUUGCAGGACUUUAAUAGCAGCAAAACACUAUACCAUAUGUGAGUAUUGUGUGUGCAUGCAGAGUCAAGUCAAGUUGUGAUUAAAGCUUGAUCAGGCGAUUCAUUAGACAGAUGAUAUCUUCCUUUUAACUACUUCAGAUUUAGACAUUUCCCAGCUGACCUGUUUCCUUACAGACCACACCAACCAACAUGUUAGCAAGAGACUUACUGGUUGUAUGUUUAGCGGUGAAAACAUGGACAUCUUUCCAGUUCUGUGUCUUUUUACUUUCCUUCUUCUUCUUAUAUGGCAGUUAGUUUACUUUGUGGUUUGUUUCUCCCCAUUUGUUCUGUUCCAGUUAUGGGUUAAAGCUUGGUGAGUGAAAUGUGUCGCAUGUGCCAGUCUUGGGCAGAUUUCAGUUAGUGCUUGUUUUUUUUUAAAAAAGCACACAUUCUGUUAGCCUCUGACAGUUGCAUUGUUAACCCAGUAGUAACAAGUUGAAAGCGUGUUGCCACCUAUCAUAGUGGAGGCAGACAUAAUUGUUUGAUUCUUGCCCAGUGCUUGUAGACUGGGACGAGGACAGUAGCCCAGUUAAAUCACCUAACUGAGCCUGACUUAACUGUGCAUGUAAACGUACUGAAUGUCUAACCACAUCUCAUUUAUAGACACAACACUUUUGUGCAUUCAGGUGGGUUCAAAUUGUAGCGACAGUUGCUAUGGAAAUGGACAACUGUGUUGGUUGCACUACCUUGUCAGCCACAGUAGGAGGUUUGUAAAGAAUAUGUUUGACCUUGUCCUCCUUACCUAUAAUCCAGCAUAAAAAAUUGUUGGGGGAACCAACCAACCUGGACUCUGUGUGGUCCCUGCGUAAAACACCCUGGUUUCCCCUUACAGCACUGACAUCGAGCUACAAAUGCAAAGAAUUGUUCAUCAGCUAGGACUAACCUCAUAAUUUAUUCACUUGGCCUCUAUGGGCACGGCGUGACCACUUAAUUUUGAAGCUUAAAUAAAGCCUAACCAUAAUCAUCAUAUUUUGACAGACCAUACUGUUGUUCUUGGAGGACACUGACGUCUUGGAUUACUUUGCUGUUUACACAUGGGGCCUUCAUAUUUUGGAUAUUGGAGAGAGACAGUGGGUGGCUGCCGUUGGAUUUGUCAACAGGGUUAUAAAAAAAGAAAACCUCCCAUCAUCACAGCUUUCAUUGAAUUAAGUCCACAAAACCUCCAUAAAAUUCAACAAUGACUACUAGUGUCCCAGAAACCACCCCUGUCCUGACAUCACACCAACACGGCACACGGCUUGGCACUCUGUAAUUUCCACACUCAGUUUCAUUCUAAUCAGCAGCAGCUUGAUGGACGCUUUCACCCCGCUGGCUUGUGGCGGCCCGCUUAAUAUCUCUAUAAACAUUUCCUUCACAGUUUGGCGAUGUAGUUGAAAAGGGCAAUUCCAUUUAAAGCCUUAUUGCUCAACUCAGCUGUAAGAUGUCCAGAUAGAGCGCGAUGAGUGAGAUAUACUCUUUGUGAAACUGUACUCCCACCUCAGCCGCCAUUGAUGACUGAAAGUUCUGUUUAAUCAGGCUACAACUAGACAGCCAUGUGUAUUUAUAGUCCACAACAGUCUCUGAUGUUUUCACAGACUAUUUACUUCUGGCAUGACGCUAAACGUUAGGCGAAAGGAAAGUGGAAAUCACAGUAUUUCAUUUGUGGACGUAAUGAAAACCUCUUAUUGCUUUUAAUAAAGAAGAGACCUUUAUACCUGUGUGCUUGUUAUGGAUUGCUCAGAUGCUGAUAAAUGUGACAUUUACCACAAAUGGUGACAAAUUCUAAAAAAGUUGAAGACUUCUUGAUCUUUGCCUUUUCUCCUGGUUUCUUGGUCUUUUUCAUUUUCCUGCGUUGUCAAAACCAUUUGGUCGUUUGUUGUUUUCAAAUGUACCUAAUAUAUAAACUUGGAAAAGGAUUGGACUCAACUUGUGGCACCCAAGCUAACUUCUGCUGGGCAUUAAAAACCUUGAGUUUGGCUUUAAUUAGGGUGACUAUACGUCCUCUUUUACCCGGAUAUGUCCCCUUUUGGAGGGGCUGUCUGACCUGUCCGGUCUUGUACGAGGGAGUUUAUAAAAUCCUUCAAUGUUCAGGGUUUUGUACAGAAGUUUUGACUUUGUGUCAUGUGGACUUACUGAGUUAGAAGCACGUAAAAAACACUCGACCCAACCUGAAAAACUCAAAAAUUUAAGAUGCGUGACUCCGACCCAACCUGAAAAACUCAAAAAUUUAAGAUGCGUCUAAGUCAGCACAGUUUGUGUUGUAUUGACGUAGGUUGUGCUCCCUGCGAUCCCUCAGACACGCAUCCCCCGCUUUCUAAUCCCCACAUUUCCUGUCUGUCUCCUAUCAGUUAAGUCCAAAUGCUCAGAGACUGAUCUAAAACAACAAACAAAAACUUCAUUUUAGGGGUUGUGCAAGGAGCAGGUGUGUGUUAGUAGAGCAGAGGGGCCGAGUGAGCAGAGGUAUAAAGAGGAUGGAGUGAGGGGGCGAUAUUGGUUGAUGUUAAAAAAGAGAGUAACUUUUUAAAUCUAAAUAACGAAUAAUAAUUGUGAUGAUAUUUUUGUCAUCAUUAGGCAGCCUUACUUUGAUAAAAUAAAACAAGCGAGAUCUCACAGAACAGAUAAAUUCGGUCCUUUAAACAGCUUCAUUUACUCAACAGAAUAAGCUGUCUUUUCUACAUCUCAUCUUACAAAUAAUGUUUCUAUCUUUGAGUCUGCCUGCCUCAAUAAAUGAAGCCUAUUGAACUCAUUAUUUUCUAAGCACAAUGAAUAAUACUUUCUUUACUCAGAUCUCUAAUCUGUCCAAGCAUGACUGCUCUUAUUCUUGCGCGGUGCCCCUCGUCUUUUGAAGAGCGAGCCCGGCCUUGCCCAUUACACUAAGUGAGCUUGUUGAGGACAACAAUGGACGAAUGAAGGCCAGCUUUCUUUGUCACUGUUGUUGGAAACCCGCGGGACAUUCCACACCUCAGUGGAGCAGUCCUGCUAAUGAAAGUGUUGUUUCUUUCCUGCCAUCACUGGGAGUAAUGGUGCAUGGAGAGGUGAUGAAUGCAGGUCUCAGUGAACGCCUAUGAGAGCAGGGACAGAAUGUUUGAAGCCCAUUUCUGGUCCAUUCAUGACUAGGAAGGACUCAGACAAGGAGAGUUGAGAUGCAGACUGAGAUCAGUAGAGGAGCCAUUAAGGAAGGGAGGCGUGACUCCGACUCCAUUAAAGGUAUCAUGACGUUACCUCUGUUUGACAACCCAGGACCUUCAGAUGUGGUGUUUAGGUUUCACUUGAACUGACAGGGCUUGGGGGUUCUGGAUCUGCUGGGUUUUUGCAAGGCAAGGUCAGAAGAAAUCCAAACAAAAGCCACUUUUAUAACAUAGCAGAACAGCAAGGAGAGCAAUUCAGUUCUUGUUACAUUUUCAUGAGACUCUCUCAGCUCUUUAUAUCGAUCUUCCCCUUAAGAGAAACACAAGGUGUGGAAAAUGUAUUUCUCCAUCUAAAACCGCACACAACUCCCUCCCAGUGUGAAACUGUGCAUGAUUCAGGCAUGAUGGCUCUGUUUGUAUGUUAACAAUCACCACAUCCGUCUGACGGCCUGUUGUAAAGACAUUUUCAUACCCAAUUUGAGACAAAAAAAAUCUUUUUUUUUUUUAUGUUUUCAAUGGAGGAUCAAAAUGUUUACACCUGGUAUUGACUCGAUUACUUUUCAUUUCCUGACAGUAUUUUGUUUAAGUGGCUGGAACAUAGUUUGAACAAACCUUUGCCUUUAUUGGUAGGACAACUGAAGAGAGACAAAAUAUAAGGGAGCAUAGUGAGUGGGGUGGUGCACAUGCAGCGAAGGAUCAUAGCUGGGAGUUGAACCAGCCUCUGCUGCAUUGAGAGCUGAAGCCUCUGCACAUGGAGCACACUUUUUGGCCACUGCUGCCCUUUAACAAUUGUUGAAUAUUCCCUGCACAGAGGAUAAGUUGUCCUACAUUAAUUACAGCAAAAGGGCAAAAUUCUCAUUAGUGGAUUCUGACUUUAACAUGAAAUACAUUUUUUUCUGGAAACAGCAAAAUUGUGGGAAAAUGUCUGAGAUCAUAAAUCAGAUCUGAGAAGUUAUAUGUGAGCAGACAGCUCACUCUGUACCAGACUUCAUUGGACAGGAUAGACGCUGUCACAAAGUGUGAGCAUCUCAGGGCUCCUUCACUCUGUUUUGUCCUGACGGUAAUAGCCGCUAAGUGUGUUGGUUUUGUGUAUAUUAUUAAAAGUGAAGCUUGACAUCCUGGACAGUACAAUGACUGUCUGUAUUUUCCAGCCUGGCACUGGCAGCACUUUUGGAAAGCUGCCCAUAGAGGAAAAUCUGUUGAAGUCUCCUCAGUAAGUGUGAAUAAAUGGCAAAAUAAGAAAGAUGAAGAUAAUAAUGAUACAUGGAAGUGGAAGUUUUUUUGGGAACCCAUAAUUCACUGUGGAUUUGAUUCUUGGUGUUAGGAUUUGGUUUGUAUGAGGUACUUGUCAAUCAUCAGUGUAGUACCCACAUAGGGUUGGCUUGGCCUCUUUGCUGAUAGACCAGGAUUGGACUCGGUUUCUGGGCCAGGGUAUUAACUGCUAUAGGCUUCGACAACUUCACCACAUAGUUAAAGUAAUUUUGAAGUCUGACCCAAACAUCAGAGGUGGAGCCAGACUUCUUUGACAGGGUUGCCAUCGUGGGGCUUUGACUUUUGUAGGGUUACCAGGCAGGGCUGGGCGAUAUUGCCUCAAAUCAAUGUCACGAUAUGAGCAGUUCACCUCAAUAAUGAUGAAUGGACAGGAACUACUCCACAAGCUGCUCACCCCCUCCCACAUUAACUUCGUCGACUUCAGCCAUCUCUCCAGCCGCUUCAACUUUUGAACUGUCCUCCAUCUCCUCACCUGUCUUUCCCUCUUUUUGUGAACUGGAUGGGGUGGAGUCAUGUCUCUGAGGUAGGACAGUGUCUUAAAGGGACAUGAGACUAAGCCUGCCUACACACAUCCAAAACCAACUUUCAUUUAUUUAUGUUUUUGACACUGAACAUACUGAUAUGGGCAUAAUGAUGUUGGUUAUUGUCGUAAAUUUUGGUUUCUGUAUAUUUUUGGUUUAUUGCCCAGCCUUGAUACCAGGUGUGGUGACUGUUAGAGGCUUAAAAGGUGGCAUGAAGGAAUCCUAGCAUCUAAAUCUGCUGGACUUAGUUUUGAGGACUCAUAAGAAAGAUUUUUGUCCAACCAACAAGGUAAAAUGUUUCACACUGAAAUGCAGAGACGCAACGAGCAACUUGUUGGAUCAAAUCCCAAUAUUGGUCACUGCUGGCUACCGCUUUUAGUUUUCCUACUGCCAAACACUAAUGUCUAUGCAAGCGUAAGCUACAUAUCUAAGUUUAUCAAGGCUUGUAUUUUGGUUUUUAGGCUUCUUCAAACACAGCUGAAAAAAUGCUCUCUACUUUUCCUGGGCCCAAUAAGGGGGCAUUAGGUUUGUCCUUAAUGGCCCAACAUAUUUCGUGAUUCUUUGUGGACCAAUUCAAACAAGAUGGUCGACUCUUAGGAGCUGAGUCAUUCACUUUGAGAUAUUUGUAUUCGGUUUCAACUCACUUGAAUGGAAAGUGACAGAAAUGUUGAAAAAGAUAGAAGCCUUGUGAGUUAAAAUUAUGGGUAAAAAGACGGUGAGGUUACGUGAUGCCAGUGCUAUGUUGGCUAGUUAGCCAGCUUGUUGCUUGUUGCUAGGCUACAGGGAUUGUGCAAAGAAUUAAAUUUUAACUUACUUAUCAUUAAACAUCCAUUUUCCUUAAGAAAAUAACCAUCUGAAGGAGAGUUUGCUGUAGUUACAAUCACCACUUGUGUCCAGUAAGUGUGUUGUGUGUGUGCGAUGUACAGAUGGAUGGACGCAGCCAAAAUCGUGAAAUCAUGAAAACAGCAAUGCGUCUCAAAUGUAUUAAGCUCAUUAAAGUAAUCUUAAUUAGACUUUAAAACUCUGCCAGAUGAUGUCUUGGCUCAAAGAGUCGUCAUCCUUCUUUCGAGAGAUGAUGAAACAUGUGGACUGUAUAAACAGCCAAUGAAAAAUGUCAUCAUAUGAAAUAUUAACAGGAAACAAGAAACCUCAAACCUCCUCAAACCUGAAAAAGUCUGUGUGCACCGAGGCAGAUCAAAGUGAAACAUGAUUACAUGCAUCUAAAGCAUAAAUCCCUGCUCUCUUUUAGUAGUUCAGCUGCAAACAUAUUUGUUUUUAACCUCAUAACUAGCAGUAUACCUUGGUAAACAAUACAAACUUUCCAUGUUUAGUUGUCCUGCUGUGUGUAUUUAUCCAGUGUGAAUCUCUUACCAUAAAUGCCUGUAUCUGUUUAUUAUUGUUGGUGUCUGUGCGUGUUUAUACGUUUUUAUGCACACAGGCAUUCCUGUUUGUGUUUGUGUAUAAAGGAGCAUUUGUGUACAUGUGUAUAUAUCUAGAACUAUGUACUAUAUGGGUGUAUACAGUUUUAUGCUUGAAUUUCCAGCUUGUCCUCACAUAUCCCUUUGAGUCUUUGGUUUCAUGUGGCGCUGCGGUGCUUGAUUUCCUCCCUGCUGUUGACCAAACAGUUCCAUAUUAGAUGUCUGACAUUCCCUUAGAUGUUAUCUGUCCAUGUGUCUGGAUACGUGAUACUGUAGAGAUGAAGAUGCUGAGAUUGUCUCUUUUUUUCAAAACUUUUUUUUCUUCUUCUUUCUUUAAAAUCUUGGCUUAAAAAAUCACAAAAAAUGGGGGAAUUUUAGUGUAAAAUUAGGGCUGGGCAAUUAACCGAAAAAUUUCCGAUACAGAAAUUUACAACAAUAACCAACAUCAUUUUGCCCAUGUCAGUAUAUUUUGUGUCAAAUAAAUAAAUAAAAGUUGGUUUUGGAUGUGUGUAGGUAGGCUAAGGUCUCAUUUCUCUGUAAGACGCUGUCCAACGUCAGAGAUGUGACUCUAUCCCAUUCCGGCAAUAACAAAGAGGGAAAGACAGGUGAGGAGAUGGAGGAUGGUUCAAAAGUUGUGGCGGCUGAAGUAGACAAAGUUAAUAAGGGAGGGGGUGAGCAGCUGGUGGAGUAGUUAUCGUCCAUUUAUCGUUAUCAAGGUGAACUGUCCAAUAUAUUGUGAUAUUGAUUUGAGGACAUAUUGCCCAGCCCUAUGUAAAAUCAUAAAAGGUUUUUAUUAAAAUCAUCUUGAUGCUAUUUGCAUGAUGCAUAAUACUUAUAUAGAUCGGACUCACAAGAAAGAUUUUCCAUUCUUGUUAAACUCCGUCCAUUUGCAGCCUGUUGUUUUUCCUUGUGCUUUUGAUUGAAAGCUGAUCUGAUUCAGCUCGAUGCUGUCAAGAAUGUGCCAAAAAAAGAGCCGGCUUAGAUCCUUGAAAGCAUAUAGUAAUACACUUGGAUGAAGGAGACUGGCUUCUGGUGGGUGCCGCGGGCUUUUCCUGGAUGUGUAACUCUGGCUUCUGCAGCUCAAACUGCGGAUUUAAUAGCUUGUCUCUGUGACUUAACACUGGGUCAUGAAAUCUUUUGCAGACCGUGGAGAAUGGUGGCACGAUUAUUGCUCCAUACCCUUUAAUGCUGCUAAAUAACAUGUGUAGCCUGUUGGAAAAUGCACACUGCUGUAUUUUUAAACCUGUACUUUGAAAAUAUUUAAUGGCCUUAAAUAGACACACACACAAAAACUUUGGAUCCAGAGCUUAUGUUUAAUUUUGAUCUGUAUUACUACAAAAAUAGGUCUGAUUAGACUAAAUACAUCUUGCAUUAAUGCUUUUAUUGGCAAAACAGCUCUGAGAUAACACUCAAGUUGAACCUUACAAUAAAUUAGUCAAUAACUUGAUCCACACCAAAGAUUAAUGUAAAAUGGGUGAAAUGACACAAGGAAAAAUAAUUCUUGAUGUAAUUAUAGUUAUGAUAGUACUGAACUCUACCACUGUUUUGUUUUAGCAGGCACUUUUCCAUUCACUGUUCCAACAUGAUUGUGAAAGCCUGCAGGGGGCAAACAGCCAACCUAAAAACAUGUGUGAUUGUGCCGCCCCGCAGUGUGCCUCCACCCUCAUUUGAGUAAGAAAAGCUCAGCAUCUACAAAUGUACUUAACACUCACUAACAGCGACUUUCCCAUGUAUAAAGCUAAUGUAAGUUUGACGUAACAGCUAUUACACUCAUUAAAAUGCUAAUGUGGAUUUGCUUGGAGCCCAUCAUUUCCUCCAUUGUCGUGUAAGUGAAGACUCCGGGGUCAUUGUUAUUAAAAGAUAUGACUCACCCAACUGCAUGUGAGUGAUCAAAAACAGGGGCUGCGGUAAAAAUACGUUACAUUAUCUUUACUUUAACAAGAGUAAACAACAGUAGCUCAUCAUUUUGGUUGUUUGAGGAUUUGCAGUGGAGUCAUGUCAAAUCGAAACACUGCAAUGUUAAACAACCUGCAUAGAAAACACCUUAUAUUAUACUGCUAUCCACACUGUAUCCCGGUAAGAGUAAUGAUAUGUACAUGGGGUAUUUAUGUAUUUAUGUAUUACCUUAGUGGUGGUUGGUGGGACCCACUAGCAAAAUAGUGAAAGAGGAGUCACAGAGAGAAGAUGCAGGGGGCUGCAUCAGCCCUGUGUGUGCAUGUGGAGCCCCUGCUGAGUGUUUACCUCUGGUGCUGCUAUGACACAUUAAGGUGACCUGACCUGGAACAUCAAUAUUAGACCGUUGGGCGACAGUAUGAAAGUACAAAGGCGGCACAGUUUACAAGACUGGUUUGACGUGCCACUGUGAUAAAAUUCUUUACCUGUGAAUAAUACAUCACCUGUAGAUCUAAUGAUGACUGGAAUCAGAAUCAUAUUACUUUGGGGGCGGGGAUUUUGUCAUUACAGCAUUACACUUGCUUUCAUAAGAGAAUAAAAUAGAAUUAACAGAAUAAUAUUAAUGAAUAAGAAAUUACAACGGUUAGUGAAAAGUAAAAUUAGAAAUAGAACUAUUUACUUCUUAUUUACUAGCAUUUACAAGCAUUAAGAGUAGGAAGUGUAUACAAAACCAGUUUGUAGCGCAGGAAAUUGCACAAAGUAUUAUACAGUUUACCAAAGCAUUGCACAUUUAAAUAGCAUAUUGCACAGUUAAAUAGAAUAUCGCACAGUGUAGCUUAAUAAAAAAUGCAUUAUGAGUAUUGCACUGUUAGAUUAUUGAAGUUUUGACAGGUUAACAAACAGAUUGCACAGUUGAGACAUUCAGAGUUUUUGACAUUCAGAGGGAGGAGUUAUAAAGUUUGAUGACCACAGGUAAGAAUGACUUACUGUGAUGCUCUGUGUUGUAUUUAGGGGGAAGGAGUUUAGCACUAAAUGUGCUUGAUACUUCAUAUUCUUCACGUAUUAGCUAAGCUAAAAAUGCCCAUUGCAUACAAAUGUGGACUGCUUUUAAAAACAAGUUUGAAAAAUUAGUUUUCAGACAGCUUAAUUGAAUUGAAGAUUAACGCUGUUUUAGUGUUUAACACAAGGUUGCUGUUGAGACAGGUUGCAGUUUUCAACUAAAUUUUGAAUACUGUUGGUGUAUGCGUUCUCUGGUCUAGUCAGGUCUGAAGCUGCUCUGAAAAAAAUCAAACCUCUCCACUAUUGGUAGAAACGAGCCAAUUCUUGGCUGGAUUUCAGCCAAGCUGUAUGAGGCCAAAUCUGUCCACAUGCCCCGACAGAGGAUUAAUAGGUAGCUCCUGCUUUCUCAAAGAGCGUCACCUGGAACAAAUGGAAAGACUUUGUACAGCAGUCACUUUAAAAUAGGGAUUAAAUACAUUUUGAUUUCAUUGCUCCCUUUCUUUAUAGGAUUGCUAUUUGUUCUGUUUGCUCAGAGGUAACCCCUUGAGUUGUUGUCAAUAUUUUUUUUCACUCUGACCAAUAGAAACUGAUCAAAGAGUGCCACCAUCACCCAUUCAAUAAGUAAAGGAAAAGUAGACGACAAACAAAAAAUUAGACACCACAGAAAAUGACAAAGUUUCUGUUGAAAUACUCAAAAACAUGUUCAGCCACAGUUUUUGGUCUUCAUUCCCCACGUGUCUUUCUGGCCCUUCUUCACAUAUUUAGUGGCGUUUGUGGAAUCUCACAGGUGAGUACGACACUUGAAGGUUGUGCGAAACUUCGGUCCACAGAUGUUUCAUCAGACAUGGACUCAGACAAGCAACAUGUUGGCGCCGCUUGAUAUUUUUUAUGCAUUCUGGCAGCAAAAUAAAGAGUAGACUAGAAGUUCUUUCAGCUGGGUAAAUUCUUCGGCUAAAAUGAGCACCAGCGUUCAUUUUUUUUCUUGACUGUGGACUGCUUUAUUAAUGUUACAUCCACUGUUUUAUCAAGGUUGAUGAAAUUACGGCUGCUUCAGAAUUUUGUUAUCUUUGUGACCAAGAAUCAAAAUGAUUCCUUAUGAGGGAGAUACCAGUUUUGAUGGUGCUGGAAAACAGCUGAUUGAGAGGGUAUUUUGAGGGUACUUCAGGGUCUGCUUACUGUUUCUUUCCAGCAUGUUGAACACAAGUGAAAACAGCGAGUUUUGCCAGCUCCAAUAGCCCGUAGUUGUAGUUUUUAGAUAACAUCUUUUCAAUGGAACAUAUUCUGAUUAAUAGUUGUUGCUUCUUGGAUGAGCGACAGAUAUUGGUAUGAACACAAAUGGAAAUGUGAUGGUCUGCUGCUCUGACUUGUUUUGCAUCUGUUAAAUAAAUGGAGGGAUGUUGUAUAAACCUGUGGUGUGCGGUUGUGUGUCUGUGUGGUGCAUUUCUGACUUCAUGUCCGUCCAUCUUUCUGGCACAAUUUACACGGUGCUGUACAGAUCUAUGUGUGACGUAUUUGGCAAUGUGCAAAGCAAAUAAUGUUUGGUUCUUGACUAAACAAAAUCCAAAUGAAGUGUUGGCACCUGAUGUUGUGAUGGGUCAUGUGUAGCAUUAAACUGGAGGUGCUUGAAUCAGCAUUUGCAAAGAUGAAAACUGUACAUCUGUGUUGCACAGUUUGUUUAUAUCUGUCUCUCAUAAAGAAGCUAAGAUACACAGACCUGCAGACUCAAUGUUACUGUUGCAAGAGCUCACAGAGGUGUGCAUGUAAGCUAAAACAUGCCCUCAUGCUGAGUAUUUGUGUAAGUGUCCACACACACAAUUAACCUACACAUACACAAACACGUGUAUCAGAUACCUGUAUACACCCAGGCUCAGUUCCAUGCUCUGUAUGAUGGUUUUCAGGCUGGUUUUGGUGUCCUAUCUUUCCUAUAGACUGUUUGUUUUGGGGGUUGUCUGACUGUGGUAUUUGAGAUCAUAAACCAGUAAGAGCUUUAACAGCAACACCAUUGUCUGUUCUCCCAGCUUGUUUCAGUGCUCGGUUUUACUCUCUUUUUGUGUCUUUCCUCUUCAUGUUUGGACCCUUUACAAGGUUUUUUUACAACCUCAGUGUUAUUUCAGUAGCUUUGGAUACCAUCCUGGAUAUGCUUCAUUUAUUCAUUCACUUACUAUUACAGCAGCCUUGGUGUUUAUAUGGCAGAGCUGGUCCGUCAGUGGGUUGGAUCAUACUUUUUUCAUUUAAUAGAUUUUUGCAAAACUGGGGUGGGUUUUUUAAAGUUCUCAAGCUCAUGUUGUACCGAAUGAAGGUUUAUCUUAUUUUACUUCAUUUUUAUAUGAAUUACAUGAAACAUAAAACUCAACAUUGCCAUCUGCCCAUGUACAUGUAUCUGAGGAGGGGGAUAACUUUAGUUGCUUUACCCACUAAUUUCAUCCUCCAAAGUGAAGCUGGAUUAAAAUAUUCCCUCAGCUGAGUUUUCAAAGAAGAACUUUCCAAACUCUCCACCAUUGAAGAGAAAUCCUUUCUUUGCACUCUGUGAAGUUGUUGUUUGGCCAAAAGAUGGGUAAUUUGUAAAUUUAGAGAAGUUAGACUUGGCUUGGUCUGAUCUUUGAAACACUUCUUGACCACUCUCUGAACCACUGUCUGUUUUUGAGUGUCUCUUUUCUUCCUCCCACAGCACUUCUUUCCGAAUCUAAAAUUAGUGGAAACCUUUUUAUAGUAUAUCUUGGAUUGUUUGUGCUGCUUUGACAGUUGUUAUUUUGGUCUGAAGCUGUCCUGACAAAAGUAAACGCGAACAAUCUCAGUGAAUGAAAAGGGACACUUUUCUGGAUACUAAACUUCCAACACUUUGGGGAUGCUCGGAUGUUUUUCAUAUUUUGUUGGUGUUUAAAAGUCUGUGGUUGGAAGGCUGUGGGUCUUGGCGGAUGUCUGCAAAACAACAAAACAAUCUUUCCUCCCUGGGUCUUACUUUUCUCCACCCUCUCAUCUUUUACCUAUUUCCUUAAACCCUUUUAAUGUUUCCUCCCCUUUAGAGGUGGUUUUCUCUUCCUUGGGUGUUUAUUUCAUCCAAUCCUUUUCCUCCUUUACUGAUCAGCCUUUCAUCAAAAGAAACAAACACAUUUCUCACGUGGUUUGGAUUUUAGGUAAAAUUUUCCAUGGCAGACUCACUCUGUAUGUGCAUCUGAGGUUUGAGGUUGAUGGUGUUUAAAGGUAAGGGUCUUUGUUUUGGACCAGGAAAUUAAUGCAAAGUGCCCAAAACUAUUUACAUGCAUAUUAAUAUGAACAAGCUUGGCUGAGUGUUGGUGUUUGCACAGUGUCUUCAGUGUACAGCUCUGAUUUUGUGCCAGUGGUUUAAGGGAAAUGCAGAUACGCUCUGAAAUAGCACCAUGUGGGUUUUCUGAUUCCUACUGUCUCUCUCCAUCUGACUUCUGCAUGGUCAAGGUUUAGAGAUUUAUUUCUGGCACUGCUGUCUGCUGUUUCUGUUGUCCAGUGUGGCGUGCAUGUUGUUUUGACCAAAGUAUACUCAUCAUCCUCUGCAGCUGGGGAAUCAGUGUCUCUAAAUGGAAAGGCAGAGUUCUGUAAAAGAGCUGCAACUGUUCACAUUAAGUUUUUGAGUCAUAAGUGAUGAAGUAAAAGUGCAUUAAUUAGAGGUUGAAAAUUACACAAUUCAACACCGGAAACCAAAUGAUGGAGCAAACCUUUCUUCCGGUGCUCUGUCUUUAGGUUUUAGUUUAUUCUGAGGAAUAUCCAGAUUUUUAAGUAACAGAUAACCACAACAUGUGUGACAUUAUUCAUGGUCUCCAGAGGACAAUCCCUUUUGACCUCACUUAACAAUUUUCAAGUGUCUGUUUAUUGAUGAGUAGCUUUUAUCAAUGUCUUAUGUCCAUACACUGUCAAUGUCCCGAUACACUGUUGAUAUAGGAUUAUAUUGGCCUGCAUCUAAAAUCACCAAUAUCAGAAUUCUGAUACAAGCAGUCUAUUCCUGACUCCACUCCAGCACCUCUAGCUAGCAGCACCAGCAUGCAGAGCCCACGUGAUCUCAGCAACAGUUUAGACUAGGGUACUAACAAAGUAGCAAGAAACUUCCGUUAAAGUCUGAAAAAGACAUUGCAGCUGAGUGCAAAACUUGUCGUACACAAGUUUGUGCCAAUAUUGGAUCAAGAUCAGUAUCGACCGAUACUGAAGGCUAUAUACGUAUAUAUAUCAUAUUGGAUUUAAAAAAAGGUCAGAGUUCACAAAGUCACCAGGUCACUUUAAUAGCUAUUAGGCCUAGAAACCACGUACAGUCAAUCGAACCCAACGUUCUGACCCAAUUAUUGUAUUACUCUCAGAAAAAUAACCCAAAAACCCAUAAUUAUUAACCCAUUCAAGUAACCCUUAAAUUGGGUUACGAUAGAAUCCGUAUGACCCAAGAAAUGGGGAUGGAUCUGAAAAAUAAUCCAGAAAUUUAACUCAACACGGAAAACCCAUGAAUUGGGUUGAAGAAAUAGCCCAUGUGUUUUUAGAGUUAAUAGUCAAGUUAGGACAUCAGUUAGUGUUGACCUGUGGAAAAGAUGAUGGUUCAGCUCUUAAACCCCAGAGGCUGUUUGUCUAGAUUUUAGUGUAUUUUUUCUCUGUCUGGUUAAAAAUGAGAUGCAAAUGAAACAGAAUCUGUUACUGGACAUUUUUAUGUCACCUGCAAACAGCAGGACAUGUGCAAGAGCACUCUGCAAGUGAUAACUAUUCACACUUUACUUAGUCUUCCUUACAUUUUUGCACGUAAACGCACACACAUGCACACACAAAGUAAAAGCUCCAGUGUGACUCCAGUGUGGGAGUAUUCAGCUGCAUUGGUUUGAACCUCUGCAUGAAUCAGCUCAGUGUUGGUCCUGACUCACGCUGUCCUGAAGAUUAACAUUGUUCCUUCACUCAACAGACAUGCCGGUAAGAUUGAUGGCUGUUUUCUUUGUGGCUUGCUGUGUUUUUAAGGCCUCGCUGAUGUUUCUGAGAGGACCGAUGGACUGAGCGCUCUGUAGGGUUUCCUGAGUGUGUGGGUUUGAGAAGAGAAAGAGAUAAAAUGUCUUGACAGACAGAAAGACAUGAGAGAAAGAUUAAGAAGUUUUUCAAACAGUUUAUGUUUGAGGUUGCAGACAGGCAAUAAUCCGUACCACCAGUGGCGAAUGGUGUCAGGCGUAGAAGAGUUAAAUCUUUGUGUCAGCGCUCCUUUAUCAUGUUUCAGUUUUUCUCAGUCGUAUUGGUGCAUUUCAUCACAUCUCUCACCUGAGAGAAAUUGUUUUUAAAAUGAUGAAAAAUGUUUAAAAUUUGCUUGACAGAUUUCUAGAACUAGUUCAAGAUUCUUGUAUGGAAAGACUCAAGCAAUGAAAUGGAGACUAUUAGUUUUAAAGGAAUUAACUAUUCAGCUUUCAAAAGUAUAGUUAAUUUUGACUUACAUGACACACGCAAAUGAUCAUGUUAUACUGGUAUCCAAAAAUCUAUGAUUUGAUUUCUCCACUCUGAUCAGUUUGACGACAGUCCUAUAUCCUGGCUACUGGAAUAUUUAGUUUCAAAUAAAAGUGUCUCCAAGUCUUUUUACCCUAUAAAUUCGUCUUCCUAAACUAAAAGAUAUCUAGUAAUCAAUUAUUAAAAAAUUGCAAAUUUCAAGUUUAUGGAAAACCUGUUGAUUCUUUACAUUUCAACACCAAAAAUUUACAAUGAACAGUUUAAGAAGGAGGAUGAAAUACUUUGACAGGAAAUAAAACAUUGACAAGAUCAGCAAAGAGAUGAAGUGUUAGUGUUUAACCACAGGGGGCGCCAAAAGGAUCACAAAUUCUCAAAGUUUCUCGCAACAGCUUUGAGGUAAAAAUUAUUUGUGAAUAUGUGAUAACUUGGACAUAGGGCUGGACAAUAUGAAAAGAAAAAGUGUUAUCAUGAUAUGUUUCAUAUCAGCCAAUAGACGUCAAAUCAUUAUGGUAAAACUUUACAAUACUAUUUACUCUACAUGCCUUUUUUAAUGCUCAGAUAAUUAUUAGUUCAUUUACAGCUCAUUCAUGCAUUUUUGAAAGAUUGUUUCAAUCACCACAAUCUCCAGUACACACACACACAUACACAUACACACAUACGCUUACACACACAGUCAUGAACGAGAGUACAGACCUCCAGCCAUUUGGUUUGAGGCUGAUUCCUUGUGACAGCCAAAAUAUUUGGCCGCGUCCAGCCACCAAGGUAAAUGCAGCCUGCAAGAAUGUUUUCACAGGGUGAGAGGGAGAGAGAGAGAGAGAGAGAGAGAGAGAGAGGAAGAUAGAUAGAUAGAUAGAUAGAUAGAUAGAUAGAUAGAUAGAUAGAUAGAUAGAUAGGAAACAUAUUCAAAUUGAUGUCUAUGUGAUAUUGUACCUUUAUUAAAUCUAGACAGAUUUUGAGAAAGAAAGACAAUGCAAACAAUCAAUCAAGUUGUAGCCAUAAAAAACCCUUUUUCACUAAUACUGUCCAUUACACAAUGACUUAAAGGCUCCCUUUGCAGAUAACUGUCUUCCUACAAUGAAAAGGGGUUGAGUAGGUUCUUACUUAUUGAGUAACCUACCAGAAGAGAAAUUUAAAACCACUGAGCCACUGUAGGAAAUGUUUCUCUGAAACUCCUGUAGACAAAGCAGUUUCCUUUACACCUCGCUUAUUUUAUUUAGUAUAUGUGUAAGAUGUAUUAGUUUAACAAAUAAAAGAUAAAUAAAUCCUGGUUUAUUUCAAUUGUCUAAUGUAUUGUUCUUGAUUAUCUUUAAUGAGAAAGACUAAGAAAACUGUGUCCUACCCUUCUGCUGAAGGUUAGCCAUACAUACUGACUUUAGGAAUAGUCAGACUUCGUACCUUCAUCAUCCGCACUCCGUUUUAUGUUUUCCCUCUGCAUGCUGCGGAAAUCCAGUCCUCAUAUUUCCUUUCAUUUGUCUCAUAUUGGAAAAUUAAUAAAGCUUCAAAGGUCUUCUUUGAGCUCUGCAGAGGCUGCAGUAAUCCACCGUGAUGAAGCAUUCAAACACACACACACUCACACACACACACUGAUCCAUACAUGUACAUACAAACACACAGAGAAACAAGACCUAAUCUUGUACAGGUGUAUGCACGUUUUCAUGCACACAAACACAACCACAUACACACAUGCACGCUGGGAGGAGGUCACAAGUGACCCGAGGAAUGCAGGGGUCAAAUCUUUAAAGACCUGGCUGAUAGAGGGGAUGUAUAGGAUCAAAGGAGAAAAAGGGAGAAAGGGAGGGAGAGAUGGAUGGAAGGAGCAGAGGGAGGGAAGGUUAUGUACAGGAUCAAAAGGGAGAGGAAGGGAGGGCUGAAGAGAUGGAAGGAGAAAAAAAGGAGUGAAGGAGGUGCGUGGGGAGGAAAGGUGCAAGAGAGUGGGUUGAAAGAGAGGAAAAAAGGCAGAAAACAGAGGAGGAAAGGGUAGGAAAGUGAGACAGUGUGAAAACAAUAUAGAUAACUCAAAGUGACAGGUGUGUGUGUGAGAGAGAGAGAGAGGGGGAGACCAAACGGUUGGGUUGUACAGAGAAAGUAAAAGCUAACUAGUGGUGGUGAAAGAUUUAUGCACUUAAAGAUGUGCACAUAUAAGUGUAUGUGUGCGCGUGUGUGUGCACGUGGAUGUGUGUGGGCAUGUGUGUGGAAAAAAGAACCAUCAGUGAAUAUUUGCUAAGUAAAGCUGGGAUCUUUAUCUUAAUUUUUAUUUUUAAUCAGAGCUGGACAACUACUUAGAUUUCAAUUCCGAAUAUGAAUACGGCUUCUCAUGAUCAUAGACCUACGAAGGAGAGACUGAACAGUGACUGUGCGCCUGCUGUGUUGUUCAUGUUUUGUCCUUUUAUGAUGAAUGGAGCGCGAGCUUCCUUUCGUUCUUUACAUCUGAACAUAUGCUCUGGCUUUUCCCUCAAAAUGCUUUUACUCUUGUAUUUAAUUCAUCCUGUUGAAUGUCACUUUAAUUUUUUUUUUUAUAACUGUAUAUAACUUUUAACUGUAUUUUAGGGCUGCACGAUUAUUCGAAUUUAAUCGUAAUCGAAUUAUUUGAUUAUGACAAUGUUAAAAAAAAUUAAAAUUGUCCAAUUGAUUUUCAUUUCUAUCAUGUCUAUCAUGCCACCCUUCCUGCGAGAUUGCUCCCCAGCUCCUACACACACCAGUGUAAACAAACAUGCUGUUUGCAAAAGAAGGCGAUAAUUUUCUGGCUAAAUAGGGCAAGAGCAAAUCAGUUAUGUGGAAUUGGUUUGCCUUCACAGUUUUUGACGAAGUGCAAACCACUCCCCGCUGCAAAGUCUGUCUGAAGGCGGUAUCAACCCGUCCACAUGGAAACGAAUUUAAGUGUAAUGCAAAAGUUUUCCAAGUGGAUAAACGACUACCAUUUCUUCUUCGUGUAGAUGCCCACCUGCAUCUCUCUCGAAACGAUUAUGUGACACACAGCAUAACUCUUUUAUGGCGGCUGCCAACCUUUAAAACAACCUUAAUACACAUGCUGUGUUCUCUUCUUCUGUCUUUUGUGUAUGUCCGAGGCAACCUUACAGUGCCACUAACUGGCUUGGCAUAUGCACUGCAUUGUUUUCAGUGAUUUCGUUUUGAGAGAUGAUAAAAAACUUUUUAUUUAAAAACAAAAAGAGAAAAAAAAUGGGAUUUUAUUUUUGGCCAAAACCGUUCAGCCCUACUGUAUCUCCAGCUGACAUCAGUUCACCCUGACUUUACAGUUGAAUUUCACUCGUGGCUGGCAGAAAUCUAAACUUCAGCCCUCUAUGUUCACUUACAGCCCGUCUAUACAAUUUUAAGAAGUUUUUAGAAGUAUUGUUCAUGCGUAAGUACAGCUACUCUUGUUUUAUUUUUGGUAGAGAUCAUGGUCUGUGUGUGUGUGUUUGUGUGUAAAAGAGAAGUAGAAAGAGAAGAGUUGUGUAACUGUGAUAACAUCAGGGAGUCAGAAGGAAACCGAAGAGCAGUUGGAAGUCUGCAAUUGUACUUGGAUGUUGGCCAAGCUAAGUAAAUUGGCUGCGAGUGCUUUCUGUGUCAUCUUUAGUGCUAAGUUUGUGUAACAGUGUAAUUUUGUAAAGCUUGUUUGAACAUAAUUUGCUGGAGAGUGUGCAUGAUUUGCAGUGUGCACACUCUCAAUAAGGCAGAGAAACUGAACACAACAGAGACAGUAUGCAGGCACACUCGUGAUUAAAACUGAUUUGGAAAUGAAGUUACUGAUACUCUCCAGCUCUUUCAUACACUCAUCAUUAGGAUAGUAUCAGUGAGCCACAGGCUUUGUUACACAAGACGGUUAAGUUGGUGUCUCCAAGCUGCAUAUAUCCAUGCUUUGAUAGAACCACACAACACAUUUAUAUGACAAUACAAGUUGUAUGCGAUGGGGGGAUUGGGGGUCUCAGCACUCCUAUAAAUCCAUUAUAAGAAGACUUAGAGAUUCAAGUCGUUAAUUUAUGAGAAUAAAGUCAUUGGUAAUAAGAAUAAAGUCGUAAUAAAGUCAUUACUUAUGUGAAUAAAGUCACAAUAAAGUCAUUAACUACGAGAAUAAAGUCAAGAUAAAGUAAUUACUUGCAAGAGUAAAGUUGUAAUAAAGUAAUUACUUAUGAUAAUUAAGUUUUAAUCAAGUAAUUACUUCAGAGAGUAAAGUCGUAAUCAAAUCAUUACUUACGAGAAUAAAGUCAGAAUAAAGUUUUUAUAUUAUAAUCUGUUGUUUAAGGUGACUGUUGUUGAAAUGAGAGUCAUAGAUCAUUUUUGUGAAAAUGUACUUAAAUAUAGGUUUCUCAAACAAGGAGAUACUUAAUCUUUUGGCAAAUCAGUACCACAUUAACAUAAAUAUUAUAAUGAUUUUAUUACGACUUUAUUCUCAAAGUCUUAUUUUAUUUAUUUUUUCUUGAUGUGGCCCAAAUACCCCAUUGUAGACAUAUGAGUGUGAAAGAGAGAAAAGACAUUUUAAAUGACGUCGAGGGUCAUACAUUAAAUGUCGUCUUCAUUUGGGUGAUUUCAUUCAAAAAAUGUUAUCUUAAGUCAAUUUUAGCAGGUUGCAAGGAACUUUUAUUAAAUUAAAUAUAAUUCCUCAACUUCAAAAUUGUUGCUCAUAGAAAUGCUGAGCAGCUUGUAACUCUUGAAGAUCACUUGCUAAAGUGGCUGGUGUGCAAAAAAGUAAACAUCAAGCCCUGGUGUUAUUCAUGCGACUGAAAACUGUGUAAAAGACCACAACGUAUUUUCCCACUGACGGCUCUUACAGUGAUUUUAAAUUUGUUUUGCUGUGUUGGUGUUUAAAUAAGUAGAAAAGUUGCUUUGAAGUUUAAGACAAAUGGAUUUCUUGAAUAUCUUUGUCGUUAUUAUUAUUCUGAACAGACGCGUGAUUUUCUCUCUCCAGUUGGAAAGUGAUCCAGCAUUAAAUAAUUGUAAUUAUUGUAACCUCUCUUUGAAGCCACUCUACUAAGCAUUUCAGCUACUUGUCUUGCAAAUCCUAAUCUAAGCUAACACACUUCAGAGCCAGACCGGCAUGUUUUUUUCAUCUGAGCCGCUGAACACUCCACAUCUCCACAUGUGGGAAUCUGCCUGUGAUGAUGUUUGCUCUGGAUGCACACACCCACCCCACUCCAUCCCAACAAGAGGGACAUUUCCAUGACAAAGGACAAUUAUUGACUUUCAUUGGCUCCGCUUGCUUUGAUAUCAGCAAGGGGUGUGUCAGUGUGUCUGUGUGUGUGUGUGUGUGCUGGAGGGGGCGGGAUGGAGGGCAGCAGCGGAGGAAAAGAAGAAACAGGGGGGACGUGAUGAAAGGAUCUGAGUGGGAAAAUGCACCCACUGACCCACGGUGCACUAACAGAAGAGGAGGAUCAGAGUGGAAAGAAAGAAAUCAUUCAUUAAGGUUUUUCUUUCUUUCACUUCUCCUGUCUGCUCCUGUUAUCUGUAUCCUUCCUCACUUUUCCUCCUGUCUAUUCCUCUCCUUUCCUAAAUCUCACCCCUUCUUUUGCUCACUUUCUUUUCCUCUGGCUACGACCGAUCCUCCCCCUCUCUCCUCCUCUCUCCUCCCCUGUCCCCUCGCAGCCAUAAUUUAAGGGGCUGAAAGGCACGGCGAGCAGAGAAAGAGGAGAAGAGAGGGCUGAAGAAAAGGGGAGACCCUGCAGAUGAGGGCCUUCCUUCACGGACGUAGCACAGAUGUGAGGGUGUUUUUUGUGAAAUGAGCCGGGGAGGGGCGGCGAUAGGCUAAUUUGCGUGGCAUAAAGACGGGCCUCUUUUCAUAUGCAGAGCGCCACUUUGAUGCGCGGCCGAUGAAAGCUGGAGGGAGCGCGAAGGAGAGGAGAAGAGAGAGGGUGACGGAGGGGUUCUUUGUCCCCUGACAAGAAGGCAUCUGCUCCACGCUGCCCUCCUCUCCUCCUCUCCUCUCUUCUGCUAUACUGAGGCUCCCACAAUGAGCCAGCCGAGAGGGAAAGUGUCAUCGGAGCACCUUGGAAAACAGCACAUGAAAAAAAAGAAAAACAGCCACUUGGGUUGGCCUGGUUUGCGUACGGGCAUGCAUAUCAAUACAAGAUCCAUCUUUGAAGACCUGACAAUGCACACGUAAAUGAGUACAUAGAUGGGCUUGAAUUGUAAAAACAAGCACACACUCACACACACACACACUGUAGACACAUAGUGACAGUUUCAAAGCCAACAAAACACAAACUGUACAAACCCUCUCUCCUCUAUGGAAACAACAUCAAUGGCCGUCAGGGUGAAAGGUGCGGUUUUCUCUGUUUGUGUGAAAAUCGUGGAAAGAUCAGAGAGAGUCCACGCACUGAGGUGAGUGGCGGUUUCUGUGUGUGUCCUGCUGUGAGAAGACCAUAGGACCUCCAGAGUGUUUAUUUGUAUUUGUGUGCAUGUAUGCAUAUGUCUGUCUUGGCGGCACUGAUCACAGGCGGCAGGCUCACCAGGGCCCUGUCACCAAACACAGGCUGAUUUCAUGGUCACACAAUAGCUGAAUCCCUGCAGCAGAACAGUGAAUACUCUGCCAGAAAAAAAAAAAAACUCAAACUGUCUCCAUCGCCCCGAUCGUUCAGUAAAUCUAAUAUUGUAUCUAGUCAACAGGCUCAUUAUCACAUCUGUGAUUCUGUCACUUGAGAAGGUUUUAUGAUAAUAGUAACAAUAAGAAAAAAGGUCAGAUCAAGCAAAGAUGAACUUUUAUUUAGAAUCUCCAAACUGAUAUACCUAUUUGUGCUGGAGUGUUUUUAGGCCACACUGGCUGUGUGACAAAAUUCAAACCUUUACUUGAACUUUGGGGUAAAAUAGGGUGACCAUAUUCUGAAUCCCCAAAAAGAGGACAGGACUACGCGGGGACGGAGUCACAGAGUCAUGUGUAGUUAAUAUUGAGAGUUUUUCGGGUUGGAUCGAGUGUUUUUUACGCACCUCUAACUCAGUAAGUCCACACAACACAUACUCAAAACUUCCACACAAAACCCCGGACACUCUAAGGAUUUUAUUAACUGGCUGGACAGCCCCCAAAAAGAGGACAUGUCCGGGUAAAAGAGGACGUAUGGUCACCCUUGGUAAAAGUUCGGAAGUACUUUGAUGUAUAAAACAGAAGAAGGCGCUCUCAUUGUAACCAGAACAAUCCAUGCACUCUUGAUCUCAGUAAACUAUUAAACCAUAUCCAAGGAUGGUUGAAGUAAAACCUGGUAGUGCUUUGUGGAGUCUAAAUAAUGUUGUAGACUGGUUUGGUGAACCCUUUAGUCCCGUUUAGGUCAAGAACGAAUCUUCUCGUGUGAAACCUGUUUGAACUUUUCUGCUGGUUGGUCGUCCUCCCAACUAUUAUCCUCUUUAGUGCAAAGAUGAGCAACAAUACUAAAUCUCUCAGUGAACUCCUGCACAUCGAAGUUUACUUUUCUGAAUUUCCUCUUGGGUCUCCUAUCAUUGGUGAAAAUGAAUCGAUCAGUAACCCAGUCUCAUUGUCUCACUCUAGGUGAUCUUUGCCCUGAACCAGACGUUACUGCAGCAGGAGUCUUUGAGGGCCGGCAGCCUACAGGUCCCGUACACCACUGAGGAUCUCAUCAGCCACUACAACUGUGGAGACCUCAACUCCAUCAUCUUUAAUCAUGACACCUCACAGGUCAGUCUGUCUGCUGUAACCUCGACUUAUGUAGCUGUGGUUUUAAACGACUUUAACUGCAGUUAAUAAGCUAAGAAACAUGUUGACCUUUUGACCUUUGGGAGUGUCCCAGUAGCAUGACCCUUGAACUAUUGCCUUCACCCUUAACCCUCUGAGUGACCUUUCACCCCCCACGCAUACUCCUAUACCAUCUUAUUUAGAGGCCUCCUUUUGCUAUUGCCAAUUAAGUUUCUUUGCUCUGCUGAUCUUCACCUCUCUAUCCCCUCUGCACUUCGGCACAUCAUUAUUCUUCUACACGAAUCUUCUUUUUCAGAGAAAUUCGUUUCAUAUUACUGUCUUUGUCUUUGAUGAAGUUAAAAUAAACUUCUGUUUUGUCACACUCAACUCUACAGGUCCCUAACUUCAAUAACGUGACACUGCCACCCAGCGAGCAGGUGACGGCCCAGGAAAUAGACAGCUACUUUCGACAGGAGCUCAUCUACAAGAGGAACGAGAGGAUGGGGAAGAGGGUGAAGGCGCUGCUGGAGGAACACCCGGACAAGAGCUUCUUUUUCGCCUUUGGAGCAGGUUAGUGUUUAAAAAGGACUCAGUAAAACAAAGUGCAGUCGGUUGGAAAUAUCUAAAAAUGCUCUGUAUGGAUACUAGAGUCAGAGUAUCGAUUAUGUGGCACAAAGUACACACCUUUAACCCUAAAACUUACAGGAUCCAUGUUGAAUGCAUUCCGUCAGCAUCGCCUAUCACGCAGCAAAUAGGUUGCUGAUCUAACCAAUACAGCAUUGCAUACAGGACACAUCGCACAUUGUUUCCUCUAUACUGAGCCCAGCUGACCGGGGCUACACACCACUGCUGCUACGCUCCGAAUACACAUCCUGUAUGCGAUAGACACCCGUGCUUGACUGAGCAGAUACGCUGGCAGAAUGCACUCAAUACAGAUCUUGUAUGUUUUCGGCUUUUGUCUCUACCCUUGUGUUGACUCAAUAAGCUUAUUCCCAACUUGAAUUCCUCUUUCUGUUUGGCGAUCUGUUCUGCUAAGUAGGUAGACAGUUUCUAAUUCUGAGCAGCUUGACAAACUUCUGUAGAGACAAGAAAUCCUGUCUGAUCAAAUGGAAGAAAGAACUUUGUAGUAAGCUCACUCCAAAUAUAGAUUUUUCCAAUUGAUUCAAAGUUUUCCAUUUUCCCUCUAAAAAUGUGUUGGUUCUAUUAAGAGAGCUGGUGUUGAUAAGCAGCCGUACAAUCUAAUGGCUUAGCUGACUUUACAAGACCAGACUAGACUGAGCCAUUGAUCUACAGCUUUAUCAGCUAAGGGUCCAAAUAAAACAGCACUGUGGUUGGUCUCUCUCCAAAGCUGAAGCUCAAUAAAUCCUUAGUUUAUCAGCUCAGGCUUAACCAGAAACAGACAUUUGGCCUGCCUGAUCCUUUCACAUAGUUUUAAACAUGUCGGUUCAAUACUUUAAAUUCCUCAAUAACUGAGUUGCAGCCUCACAAGCAGCACGGCCUGAUAAGAGAGCUGACUUAAAACAAAGACACAAGAUAACAGCAGAGAAGAUUCCACCAAGUUGUCUUCUUCGACGUGGAUGCCUGUGUGUGCAUGUGUAGGUGUGUCCACACUCGUAUCAGGACAGGCAGACACUCUUUGUUCUGUGGGUGGCCUUUGAGUUUGUUUGACCUCAGGUUGUUUAAUCAAAGCAUCGCUCUUACCUGACGAAGAAGGAGACGAUAUUUCUCUGUCACUCAUUAUGGCUUUCAUAAAGAUAAGGUUGUUGAGCUCCUAACCCAUUUCUUCACGAAGUAGAGAGGCCUUAAAAUUCACACGACAGCCUGCUCACUACACAUUAAUCCAAGUGUUACCCAAAGAAUUCAGCCAAGUAAUUUUCCUUAAAGACGAACUCCAAUGAAAAUCAUGUUUUUCUUGUUGUCUACAUGUUGAUAUGGCAUUCAGCUGAUGCUACAGGACAUGUCAUGAGAAAAAUAAGUAGGAAAUCGAUGUGACAGACCCCAACAGCAGGUUCAGAUACAGUGAGAUUUCCUAUAUAGCAAAUCCAAGCUCCGCCCCCGAAGCCCUGCUAUGCAGAUCACACUGGGAAAAGUAGAGAGGACAAUCGCGGAACAAGCGUUAGCGGAUUGCAAUGCUCAUAAGAAAGCUAAUUACGAUAUUAGCUUUCAUCAUGUCCCCAAAGACAUUAGUGUCCAAGAGCUGAAUAGCUCAUAAGUUACCUGCCACUUCUUCUUCACUGGCAAUGUUAGGCUACAAGCUAGCAUGAAGAGGAGGGUGCAGAACAGCGUUGUCUCCGUCCACAACUCAAAGGCGAAUUGCUAAUAAUCUGUUUGUUUACUCAUGUGCAAGGUAGCUCAUCACCCCACUUAUACACAACUUACCAUUUUUUAUUGAUUUAACAGGUUGAAUGAAAUACCCAUGAAAACUCUCCUUUUGGCAAUAGCUUGUGGGUGUUACUUUUUACACAGCAGUUAGCCACAUUAGCAUACGACAGCUAUCAUUACAUUGGCUACUAUCAUGAUUUUACUAACAGUUGAGGAUUCUAAGCUUUUAUAGAAGGUCAUCGUCAAUGAAACUGUCCAGGUUUCAUAAUCAGCUGAGAAACAGGAAAACUUAAACAAAUUGCAGAAAGGAAGAAAAAGACAAGCUGUAACUCAAACUUCCCAGAGCGGACAUAUUUAAACAGAGCAGCCAGGUAGCCUUGUCCUUUACCAUUGUCUGAAUAGUACAUCACGACUUGACCUCAGGUUGUAGUCAUGUCUCGACACAAGCCGUCCAGACGCUUGAAAACACAAACAGGGAUCACGCCCCCAACCAUGUAGGCAAUCUCAUGUUAUGAAACUUUGCCAAGGUUUAGAAUAGACAUUCAAUAUUGUAAAACUAUGUGUAUGAAUUAAAUUACAACCCAGCAGACUAGCUCUCCUUUAACCUUCAUGGAUGAGUUCAAGAAAAUAGGGCGCUUAAGUAGCAAAGAAACCAAAAAUAAAACAGACCCAGUGCAGAUGUCAAAAGUAAUCAUUUCAGUACAUUUUAAAAGGUCCUAUUUUAAUUAAAAUGUACUGAAUCUGUUUAAAUUUUACACAUACAUGUAAUGAUUUUGUAGCCGGUUGUCAAACUCAUGAAUUGCACACUAUGGACUUUUAAGUGAAGUCAAUUUAUGACCACAGAAACCAUAAAAGCCCUCUUAAAGUUUAUGAUAUUUUCAUAGUAAGGGGUUCAUACACUUUGGAAAGAGUCUGUUUGCCCAAACUUUAUUUAGUUUACUAUGCGAUAGGUUUGAAGAAGAAAGAUUCAAAUCCUCCUGCCAUCAAUUCAGACUUUCCUUUUGAUGACAUCGUCAGAGACAUCCUCAUCCAGAGAUUUUCGGGUCAUUCAGAUGUAGAAAAGCAGCAAAAAUCAGAGCAGAAAGAGAGGCCUUCACAGUCUGUUGGUCUCUGAGCUGGCAGGAAACAGCUGAGGAAAAGCAGACACACACACGCACACACACACACACACACACACACACACUGGAGCCCUAACAAGGAGUAUAUUUCACGGUGUGUCCCAAAGGAGGUGCCUUUACAAGGGCUUGGUCUUAAAAGGUGUGUGCCUCCGUGUGCAUGUGCAUGUCUGUGUGUAUGUGUGUGACUAAGUGUGUAUUUACUUGUCUGUGUGUGAGAGAGAGAGCUGCUGAGUGAAAGUGAUAUGGGCAAUCAGCCCAGAAGCACUAGUUGUAGACAUACGGAGGGCAGGUUGGGUCGUCGUGUACAAGGAACGGGAUGGGGCACAUUAGGGUGCCUGCACAUGUGCUUAGGCAAGAACAGACACACACACACACGCACGCACAAACGCAAGCACGCACACACACACACACAUGCAAGCACAUUCAGCAUUGAAACACACUCUCUCUAGCCCCCAAGCUAUACCCAAGACAGACCUGGGUAAAAUGUGUCCUUAAUUAUCCCUGGAGGGGUUAGGACAUACACUCUCUCUCUCUCUCUUUCUCUCUCUCUCUCUCUCACACACACACACACUCACACGCAUUACAAUGGAGACCAUUAUAUCAGCGUACUUGACUUCUAUGUAAAAAUCAGGUGUUUGAAUGUUCAUAUCCUGCAGCACCUUAUGGCUCUUGUUUUCGUUUUUGACAAAUUAAGGAUGUGGUGAAAUUGUCCUCUCUGAUUUCUGUGUUUUAACUUAAAACUUCUUGAACUUUUAGUGCAACAGUACGGUUUUCUGGGAAACAACUUAGCUUUCAAUUUUUAAUGCUCUGCAUAUGUUAAGAUUAAUCAUUACAGCAACCCGUCUCUCCUGUUUUCUUGGUCCAUAUAGCUGUAGCAGAUGGCAGGUCACCAAUGAGUCUGGUUUUGCUCAAGGUUUCUACCUGCUGAAAGAAAAGGAAGAACUGGUUUGGCCCUGCAGCUGAAUUGUGCACCCCGUGUACAGUGGUCAGGGUUUCAUAAGACCAAAAAAAUGAAAUUAGAAAAUAACUUUUUUCCUCCCGCUUUCACAGAGCGCCAGUUUAAGAUUACUCAAUGUUGAUACGCAGUAAAUGGUAUGACUAAAUAUUAAACAGCAGUAAAUUUAAGUAUCAGCAGUAAAUCUUUGUGCUUUUUGGGUUAAAAUGACUGAUAAAUUGAUUCAAAAGAUCCAGAGGAAUUGGCUUUGUGCUUCUCGAUAGAGUAAUCACAUAUCUAGCAUGCUUCCUUCCCAAGUAAUGAUCCUAUUACCCUGCAGGGGUUGGCCCGCAGAUUCCUGACUGACCUAUGUGGAAAGUCGUUGAGGGUUCUCAUUUUUCCCUGUAAUAAGCCUUAUUGCCACAACAAGUAAGCAAAAAAGUGAAUGCAUGAUGAUAAGUUUCCUUUUAGCCUGUGUUUUGACACAGAUUGUGCUCGGUAAGAGGAAACUUAUAUCACAAAGUUUAGCAAAACAGACAGUAGAGAUCUUUGAGGUUUAAUGUGAAAGGGCGCUUCUGUUUUAUAGUCGAGAAAGUUAUUUAACGACAGCUUUGACUCUUUGACGACAUGCUGGCAGAAUUUAAAACAUUAUUUUGUUCUGUUUUGCUGCUUAUGCAAAAGAAAAGGCUCCUUGAAGAUUAUCCGUCUUCAUAAGUGGUUAAAUGACUCUCCUAAUGUCGCUAAUGCGGAGCUGUUAUGAAAUCCUAGCUGAACCCAACACUUUGGCUGCGCCAUUUAGAGCGUGUAAUGAUGAAAAAGUGCAACAGUAGUUGAAGAAAAUCGGAUAACUGCCUGCUGUUGAUUGUUAUCUGUGUCCAUGGGGAGGAAAUAUUUGGUGAUUUUUUUGUGUGGUUUUGGAAACUGUUUAUGGAGAAAGCAUUACUGGUUGACUGUCACAUCCUGCCAAACCAGAGCUAAGGUUUUCUAACCAUAAAUGAUUUCUCAUGUGAUUAUACGGCACGCUCACACAUAAACCAACACGACCAAGCAUUCAUUUUGUCUUUGCUUUUAGUAAGUGUCUGCACUUAGGGGCAGGGAUUUGGUUGAAGGUUAUAUUUUAAUUCUUUUUUUGGUAUUUAUUUAUCUCAGAAGUUGAAGAGAUUAAAAAACAACAAAUCCUUCCUUUGGAUCAGUGGGUAAUACCAGCGUAUUUGAGAGUCUCUGAGGGUAUCUAACUGGGUUUUCUGGUCAUUUACUACCAAGAGUUUUCAGAUAGUUUGCCCUCUGCUUACACAGAGGCACUUCUGUGAUGGCCAGGUGUUAUUUGUCUUAAACCACUCUAAACAUGCCAGGAGGUGCUGUUUUUGGCACUUUUUGAGAGGUUUUUCAGUGGAUUUGCACAAGCUGAGUUCAGACUCACCAAAAAGAAUUUAAUAACAUUUUUUUUUUGUAUCCCAAACUUACUGCAAAAAAAGGUGUUACACCAACACUUGGGUCAGAGUGGCGGUCAAAAAGGCAACCCUCAUGCAAACACGAGUGGUCACUGGUCAGCCCUGACAAAUUGACACUUCUCCUCUCUCUCUUUUUACACUUGCUCUUUUUCUUGACCUUGAUCACACACCAGAACCUCAGCUUCAUUAUCAGUUAAGAGUGCUCUCUAGUUUCAUGGAGCAUAAAGGAGUCAGAAAUGAACCAGGGAUGAGCUGAAGACUGGGGGAUGGUUGUUGCUGUUACGUACUGCCCAGUCUGAUGAACACCAUUUAGUUUGGAGUUGUAAGUUCAACUCAAAUCUUGAUUUUUAGGACUCUGGACUCAAAUUUGAGCACUGAUGAAUAGAACUUUGACUUGGACUGUAGGAUUGGAUGUAUUUUUCUCCCAGAAGAUAAAUCGAGGGUGGGGACGGUUCAAUAGUUUUUCCUUUUUUCUUUUUUUGGUAAAAGGCCUGCACAUGCGUGGAUGCACAUUUGUGCUGUCUUGUUAGGCAACAGCUUCUGCCUCGCUGUCCUUUAAGUGUUACAGAUCUUGUGUUUUCCUCUCAAAGAUUUGACUAAAAAUGCGAGAGUAGUGCAAUGUGUUAAAAAUGUUAAGGAAUCAUCAAGAAAAAAACUUUUUAGUUCAUUCUUUAGUUCAACUUUUUAGGGUGCAGCCAGAAAAGUGAGAUGCUGAAGUUUUGUGGACUGUUGAUGGAUUUGCUGCUGGCUAACAUUAACCUCUCAACUUCACCACUUGGUUCAGGAUAUUUAGUCUGUUAAUUAACUAAGUUUAAUAAACUUCAAAUAAAUCGGAAGUAAUGUUAAUGUAUGAAAUGUGUUUUAGGCACACCAAAUAGUUCCACAUAGUCUGUUGAGGUUCAUACAGUGAAAAGUGAAAAUGAAACAGCAGUCCUCCUGUAACAUCCUCAGGUAUUCAAGACUUGAACCAGAUUCUCAGACAUGAUAUUUGGUGAUUUGACCACAACAAUUGAAUACGGAAAAACACUUAGCAUGGCGUUCCUUGUGAAAUGAUUUAUGUCUGAAUUUUCUUUUGUGCUUUGUGCAGAAUUUGGGGAUUUGGCGUGGCUUCAGUGAUUUCCCAUUUCUUUUGUAAACAUUUCUCCACAACUCGCUUCAUCGUUAGGAUUAUUUCUGACAGCUCAACUUUUCCUGCGUUACUCAGUGCUUGGAUCUUAGCAGGCCUGCAGUGUUUUUGGAAGAGCAACUCUGACAGAACUGAACAUAAAAAUGCUGAAGUCGUAUGCAUAAGUGUAGAAAUAUGAAGCUUUGUUUUCCAGGUUUUUUUAGAUGCAUAACUAAACUGCUGCCCUCUGUAACCCCACUUUGAGUCUGGAGCAUUGUCAUGCCUCACUAUACUUAACUGUGCUGUAAGUAAAUACCUCCUAGAAAUUUGUCUUUUCCCUCCAUCUGUUUGUCUGAAAUACCACGGCCAUCACUCAGCGUAAAUGAUGAUGUAGAAAAAGCCCCAUAUGUUCAGACAAGCAUAUGGAAGCAGUUAUUGCUGCGCUCCAUAGGUACAGUAACUUAAUCCGUGUAUACAUUCUGAGCCCGUGUUCCCUUUAUAAUCUCUGCCAUACCCUGGCACUCCUGACGUUAAUAAAAUGAUGUGUUUACAUAUCGCUGGAGGCUGAGGGCUCUGCUUCUGCAGGCUCUUACUAAUUCUAGUCUAUUUUUCUUUUUUCCCCAACUGAACUUCAAUGCAUCCAUGUUUCAGUCUCAAACUCCAAGCUGCUCUGCACACCAUGGUUCCUCUCUUUACUGCACUCCAAAACCACAAAUUUAAAUAUUUGCGGUGGUGUAAUUGCCAGUGUGGGUGACAGGCUCUAACGGUUACUGUACUUUGAAAUGUUUGACUCUUUUCACAGACAAUUAAGGUUUGCUCUUAUGCUAUUUAGGUUGGUAGGGCCACGCUAAAGUGAAUACCCCUGGGUAAGCGAGGCUGUAAUAAAUGGACGGUUUGGCCCGUGUGCUGUGGCUCAUGACAGAGGUUGACAUGAACUCAUAACUCACACAGAGCACCUUGACAUGUCAGUAUGUGGGUAGCUCUCGGCACCGGAGCAGGGAAAUAGUCACUUAAUACACUGUACUUAGUGAGACCAAUGCAGAGUCUGAAAGUCAGUGUGCUGACAGAGGAAAAAUUUUAAUAGCAAAGACAAAACAUGACCUAAUACGAUGUUAUAUUUCACCAUGAAUAUAACGAAUAUAAACAUACAGGAGGAAAAAGCUCAGACAUAGGCACCGCACCAGUAGCUCUUCAUUUAUUGAUUUACUGUACGGCUCAUGACUGGUGCCAGGAGCUGCAGCUAUAACAAGUCUGAGCCAUAACUAAAACGAUUCAUUAUGUAAUACCCCAGAAAAAUAGGCAUGAGUUAUAAUAAAUGUAACCCUGGACUGUGUGUGCAAAUGAAAAAAAUAUGGAAGUCCAAAACUGUUUCUGUACCUGGCUGGACACAUAUUGAUUUCUGCUCUGAAGAUUGGCGCUCUAAAAUGGGUGUUAAUGGGACUCACUGGGCUUUUGGAGCCAUCCCCAAGUGGACAGUCAAGGUACUGCAGUUUUGUUUUGAUUUUUUUGCACCCCCACACUUGCUUCAAAUUUCAGCUUUAAAAUCAGUAAUGGUAGCACUCUACUGCUGCACACAGACGUUUCAGGGAACAUCCAUUCUUCUGAGAAACAAAAGAAAAAAGAAAAACUCAGUUUGCCAGAAACCAUCGAAGAAAGGCUGAUGUCUAAAAAGUCUGCACAGCAGUAAAGAAGAAUUUAUAUGAUACUGGAGUGCUGUCCUGACUAUUUUAUUUGAUAUCAUUUUCCUAAGAAUUCGGCACCCACUUAUUACUUAUGGUGAGCACAGUUUUUAAGCUUAUUACCUUCAUAUUUCAGCUCUUGAGGUUGCCACUUAGAUGGAGACCACAUUAAAAUGCCUAAUUUUAGGGCAGAAUGAAGUACGUUUAAAGCCUGGUACUAAAACAGGCUUGGUCUCUUCAUCACUUCUUUAUUUUUACAGACUGAACCAUGAUCAGUGUUUUAAUAACAAGUUAGUUCUGGACAUAUUUUGACUAGAAGUUAUGCAUAAUGAGACCCAGUCAGGGUCUUAAAUACUUCUUGAAUACCACAGCCCCUUUACAGUUCUAAUGACUGUUUCUGAGAUAUUUUUGCCCCUAUGUGUAUCAAGAAAUCUCUGCAGGCAGUCCAGAGUCUUGCUCAGCAAAAUAAGCUUAAAGUGAAAAACCUCCCACUGAACCUUAGAGAUGACUACCUGCUGUGUUCACGCACAGAGGUUCAGUGCAUGUGCGAAGGAGAUGUAAAUAAACCAAGCCUGAUUAAAGGAAUAUCUCAAUAGACUUGUAUGAUUCGGCUAUAAAAGCAAACUGAUGUAGAAUAAGAUGAAGCUGGAAUCAUGAGACAAGGUGCUGUAAGAUAUUUCAUCUUUUUUAACAACCUCUUUCUUCAAGAGAAUCCAGGGGGUUGGAUAGUAAAAUUUAAAGACAUCAUUUUAAUCCCUUUUUUAUGUUAACUGCUUGAACCUGCCAGACUUUGCAAUUGUCCAUUCUCAGACUUUAAAUUCUGCUCUAAAUCCCCAGACCAAACCCUACACAUACCUGGCCCGGAUCCUGUCUGUGUUACUUUCACCCUGAGUACUACAUCACUGCAGCCAGAGGUUUUUUCUCUGUUGAGUUUUCUUCCCCAGAUGGUGUGAAAGUCAAAAACGCGGUGCUUUUUCACAGCACCUCUCGCUCAUAAACAGCCAGUUUACAACUGUUUGGGGCAGUCGCUGACAUGAGUAUGCGCAUGUCAUACAGCACCAUUAAAAAUCCAGACCAGACCUACCACACACUUGGUAGCAUGCAGGCUGGGGUGAAACAUCUGCCAGACCUGGACUAAGUCCCAGAUUUGGGUUUGAAUGACACCUUUAUACAACAUUUUUAGAAAUGUUUUGAGUUUGUAAGAAAUUUCCUGUAGAGUGAACUCCUACCAGAAUGAAGGAUCUAUAUAAAAUUUUUCUCUUUGCCACCGCCAGGCCCCCACCACAACUUUCAGAUCAAAUUACAUCUUCAGUAUUACAGUGUCAUAUAAUACAGAAAAACAGAGUUCAUUUGGCUGUAAUGUGUCUUCAUGUUGUGACUCUUGCUUUCAGGAGCCUGUGUUUAAAAUCACAGACAGUUUUAGGCAGUUUUAUAGAAGCUUUUGGUAAGAUUUUAUGAUCACUUUCAUUCAAAAGUGUCUAAUUUACAGCUAUUAGAGUACAUACAUUAAUAAAUUCAUGUAAAAUCAUUAGUUUAUAUAUAGUUUAUUGUAUCAUAACUAGGGGUGUCUCGAUGCAACUUUUUUACUUCCUAUACGAUACAGAUGUCGUAGCCUUCAAUGUUAACUGAUACCGAUUAUUGAUCCGAUAUUGGCUCAAAAUUGUGUAUGACUAGUUUUGCACUCAGCUGCAAUGUCUUUUUAGGACUUCAACAAAAAAUACUGCCACACAGCCGACAUCAUUCCAACUCUUUGCUACUUUGUCUUUACCCUCUGCAUGCUGGAUCAGGGCACUGUUAGAUAAAGGUGCGGGAGUGGAGUCUGCAGUGGACGGCUUGCAUUGGAGUGCUGAUAUCAGAGAUUUCAGAUGCAGUCCGAUAUAAUCCGAUUUUUUUAUUUUUUUUUGCUGAUAUUGGACCGAUAUCAAUAUUGUAUCAGGACACAUAUUGGGGAUCAUAACUGAUAAUAGACAAUCAUGAUCAUCUAGUCAUAAGGUUAGGAAACUAUCAAGAGUUUAUUUAGGCACAUGUCAAACCCUUCAACAGUAUUUGUUAAUGUUUAAUGUCAUAUCCAAACAAUGUAAAUAAAAAGACCCCAUACUGUUCUCACACUCUUGGUUUGUAAAACAUCAUUUAGGCUGUUUAACUUUUAUCUCACCAUUAAAUACCCUAUUAAAUACCCUUCAUGUAAAUAUUUCAUAAAUACUUAGUAAAGCCUUCAUGAUUCUUCUUUUCUACCUGAUCCUCAGAGGUAUCAUGUUUGUCCGUCCUACCCUAUUCCAUCUUUUUCUGUUCUACUACAAGCUAACAUGUUUACGACCCUGAAUACAACCAGAUAAGCCUGAGAAACUUUUCAGCAGAGGGAUGUCAGGGCCGUCUGUGAUACAUCAUCUGCUACAUCUCUCUCUCUCUUCUUAAAUAGGAGGAUAAAGCUGUCAGCCCCUCUGAAUGACUAACCGUUUGCUGUGCUGCUGAGUGAAAAGCACCUAAAUGUAUAGAUUUUGUUGCGCUCAUCGGGUCAAAGGCCUCGGUCUCUGUACUUGAAGGACAUAUUUCAUACAGCCCACACUUCUCUCCCGGCCGUGGCGGUGCACGCUUGUCACAACAGCUUGUCGUGAUUUAUUGAAAGAGUUGAACUCUUCACCCCUGACCCCAUUCAAACCCAGCAGUAUUUCCUUCUGCACCUGGAAUGAGCUCUUAACAUGCCUGCCUAAAGGCUAAACUUUAAUUUGGAGCAGAAAUACCUCACUGUUGUAUGAAAGGGAAAGGGAAAAGAAAAUUAUAGAUGUAGGUGGGGAACAGCAGUGCAGCUAUUGAUGAUUGGGAGACGGAUUGUUAUGAAGGAGCCGUCCCUUUUCAUUUUGGGGGAAAAAAACAUAAAGAAGAGGAACACACCGCCUAGAGGGGAUGAAGAUAUGAAGAGACAGAGGGAUCACAAUUCUUGUUUGAUUUAUGGCUUCCACUCUCUCUUUCCCCACCCGUCUUCCUCUGUUUCUUUCUUAUGUUUGAAUGGAGCCAGUGAGCACUUACUGGGAUUUCAACAUUAAAAUUUAGUUUAAAAAAACCAACUUUAUUUUAAUCAUUUUUUACCCAGCAAAAAAAUGUCUACAUUAUUAAAGUGCUUCAUAACGCCACUUUUUUUAAAAUUGUAAAUAUUUAUAAUUUUCAGCACUAACAGAUGAACAGACGUGGUUAAUCUGAUUGUGUUUUUCCUGCAGUAGCCGACAUGCAUCCUAUACAAAGCUGUAAUUUCAAUACAUUCUAAUUUGCACACAAAAUUCUUGGAUACUUGGAUACAUUAUGGGCUGUGUAAUAUUAACAAGAAGGUUCAGUGACAUCUUAAAAAAAGCAGUUUCAACCAAAUGCCAUAGUAGGAAAAAGAAGACAGCAUGUAUUCAGGCACUUUGGCUGCCUAAUGGGGCCCUCACACCAAGCACGAGUAAAAUCACGUGAAUCUGGACGCAUGGAUGAAUAGUAUUUACUCACUACAUCUGCGCGUCAACGAUAAUUUUAACGGUAAUCCCUGCCAAUUUAACUGGUGGGAUCAAGUGACAGACGAAGGGUUUUACAAUGUACCAGGUAAUCCGACCUCCUCACUCACUUGCCUCCAGGCGGUUUUGAUAAUUAAAAGAAAUUGUAUCAUAUAAUUUGGGGCACCCACACACACGCUGACACCAUCAGUUUGUCCUCAAGUUUAGAUACCAGUGAACAACCGUCUGUUUUCAUUCAUCACCCGGAAACCUUCAUGCUGAUUAGUUAGUGCGAUGCGAAUAUCUGCUGAAGUUGUGACAUUUUCAGCUCACGCCCAUUUCGGGUCAUUCACGCCACCAGAGUAGUAGGAGUAUCUAAAUUGACUUAACAUGUAAUUCAUUUGCGCAAAUGAUUUUACUCACGCUUGGUGUGUGGAGACAGUCUGACCAUGAAGGCAAAAAGUCCCUUCAGUAAUUGUAAGUGAUGAGCCCAUCACUCCUCAGAGCUCCUGAUUGAGAUUUGCAUUGAACUAAAUGCAAUGUGAACAGAUUUUCUUACUUCCUUAGAUGUGUCAUUUUAUGCAGAAACAGACCUUGAAUAUAAAGGAAAGCACGUUUUACAGUAUCACUGUCUGUGUUUUUGUAUCUCUAGAACUACUUUGAAACUAGAUAUUUAAUUCAGGCUUUAUUGGGAUAUCUUGGUCUCAUACACCUAAUAAAGCUAGUUAUAGAUAUUAUUUAAAUUAAGCUGAACACAACAGGUUUAUUCAUUAAUGAGAUAGUUUUGUGGACUUCUAUGAUGCUGUUCCCAUAAUAUAAUGUGAAAAUGAAAUAACAUCAGAGAUUAAAAAUUAACAAACCAUUUUAUGAACCCAUGUUAACAAUCCUACAUUGGAUUUUCUGGUUGUUGUAUUUGGUCUUUUAAGGGGCCAAAUGAAAAAUUCUUAUCAUGAAAGCAAAUUUUUUUAUUUGUUGGGGUUGUUUCAGAGGCUGUAAAGAGGCACAGAUGUAAAACUUGGCUAUUUUGGGUUUGGAUGUUACCCUUAAACACCUGGAAAGAAAGAAAGAAAAAAAAAACAAGCCCACAGUUCUAUCUAGGUUAACAAGUUAGUAAGGGUUAGAGGAAAACAAGAUCAGGCAUGAUUUGAGAGAAACAGAUGUUGGUAAUUGACAAAAAGAGACAAAUGGUGUAACUGAAUCUGGGUAAAAGAGAUCUGACAAGAAAAGACAGGGAUGAAGGGAGAGCCAAAGUGACCUUAAACAGCCAAACACAGCAGGUUUGUGAAUGAACAGACCUCUCCUGUGGAUCUGCUUGUAGUUAUAACUCAGUCCUAAAUCACAGAUGAUGCACAGGCCUCACUUGACAACUACAAAAUCCUCCGCAGAUUACUCCGGCUAAAUAGGCACAAAAUUGCUCUUUAAGCCACAUGUUUCAAAUCAAAGCUUAGUGAGAGAAACAUCUGAGAAAAAAAACUACAAAGUAGAAAUUAAAAAAUGUGAGCAGGCAUCUGACUCCCCUUGGUUCCCUUUUCUGGAUGGAGGAAAGCUGAAUAGAGAGUCACAGCAGGACAUCAGGAGGGGUGUGUUUUUAGAGGAAGCAGUCUCGAGGCGUAGUAUGCAAACUGCAGGAAUAUAUUAGGUGGGUCUGGAUUGGCAUAAGCACAUUUGAAAAGAAUCAAACUGAAAAGAGGAGCUAGUACAACUCCAGAACUCAUGCUGGUUGAACAGGUCAAAUGAUUGCGAACAAACCACCAGAGUGCAAGACUCAGGACUUUGUCUCUAUCAUACAACAUUGCUGGUCAUGUAUAUUUGAAGAAAUCAAUCUUACCUGCUUGCAUUGGUUAACUUAGGAUGCAUUUCUCUGUGAACAGUUUUGUUGGUUGCUGUUUCUGGUGUUUUUAUUGUUGAUAAGGUUACAUGGCUGACAUUCAAAAUUUGUUUUUUGUUAUGUGUUGAUUUUGGCACCCCCUGUGGACAUUAGGGCUGCAGCUAACGACUAUGUUAAUUGUCAAAUAGUCACGGACCUGGAAACGAUUCAUUAACUAAUUGGAUAAUUAUAUUUUUCUAAAUAUUUAACAUUUUCACCUUAUCUAGACUAGAGUGCUCCCAAACUUAGGAGGUUUUUAAACAAGUACUCGUAGCUGCUGUGUGGGACGCCGGCGCCAGCAUGUUUGAAUACCCUACUGCUCGGCUGAGACACUAUUAAACAUGUGUGACUCUAGGCAGAGAUCAUAAUGAAGUAAGAUAUCUCACUCCACUGGAAAAAAAUACGUCUGGCGACAAUAGUCGACCAUGGAAUUCAUUGUCGACUUUUUCCAUUAUCGAUUUUUGUCAUCAACGUCAACUAGCCCUAGUGGACAUGCAGUAAACUUCGCUGUAAACUUUUGCUGUAGAAAAUGUAGCUUUGAAGAUCUACCUGUAUUUGACUCCAACCCUCUCCAGCAGGAGUUUCAGACAUUCAAAAGGACCAGAAAACAAUGCUGGUGGUCUUGUUUGCUUUUGUAGCUCAUACAGAGGCAACAUUAAGAAUUUCAGUCCAUUUUAUUACUAGCUUAUAACUCCUUGUUGUAGCUUUAAAGAUGAUAUUUAUUAAGUUAUAAAUGAUAUAUAGAGAACAAAAAAAUGAUAGUUCCUCAGAUUUGAUGAUUGGUGGCUUUUCCAUGGUAACAAUAUUCUUAUUUGCCUAUUUGGGGAUUGCAUUAACUUCAAAUUCAAUGUUUGUACUCUAUAUACUUAUUAUAUAUUUACAGCUUUUUAAAUUAACUUCUCAUACUUUUAUAUGCAACUUUUAUGUUUAACAGAGCAAACUUUUUCAGCCAACCUUAACUCAGGUGACUCCUUUAUCGGCUGUAUGACUUUCCUCUUAUGCUUUUAUUGUGAAAAUACUCGACUGGAACGCUCAGAGCUUGCCAGUUAGUCAGAACGACUUACUUUUACCCAAUAUUCUUGCUUUGAUCACUUUUUAAUUCGACCACAGUGAAUGAGCCGGUGUGUGUGUGUGUGUCUAAGUAUGUGUUGGAGUGCCAUCAUUUCUUGGCAGAAAGUAGAAAACUGAGCAGUGCUCUGAGAGGGAGUGUAGAGACUGUUGCAGCCUGACAGAUGUAAUCCCAAACUACGUCUCCAAAGCGCCGCGUGCCACCACAAAGUUUGAGUGAGGGUUUAUUUAAAAAACAACUUCACACCACAGGCCUCUUAUGCGCUCUGUUUCUCAUUUAUUCUCAGCAUCAUUUUGAACACGCUCAGAGCGCUCUCAAGAAAACUCAUGCUCACAGUUUAGCCGUUUUAACUCCGACGAUAAACAUGACAGAGCCAAAUUUAUAUAAAAGACGAGGCCCAGAGCCGAGAGAAAGUUGUUGAAAUUGGUGAAUGUUUUGUAAUGAAUCUUCUUAAUUACCACAAGUGAGGCCGUUUUUCACUUGAAGCACUUCAUCUGUGAACCAAACAAACCACCCUGUCCAUCAUUUCUGUCAGAUUCCCACAAUAAUGUUUCUCAGAGAUAUCAUAGGCUGUUCUUUAACAGAAUAUAAAUCAUGAAUGUUUUUUUCUGAGGCACUUACUGCACAUGAGUCCUGUAAAUCUCCAAAUGCGUCGUCUAAGAGAAAAUAAAUUUGCUCACAGACACUGUUAGUUAUAUGGAGAGUAACAGACAAGGAACGUAAACAGAAAGUUUAACUGUAUGGCUUAAGUUUUAUGCUGACCAAUAAGGAUCUUUUCUGCAAACAUCAUGAAAAGAAAAGAAGAAAAUAUUUCCAGAAUCACUUUCCUUCUUUACCUGAAGAGAGUCAGAUUUAACAAUAAAGUUGGAAAACCUACAAACCAAACCCAGAUAUUGCUUCGAGCAGCCCUGGCUCUGCUCUUGUCUCUUGUCUGCAGCAGACUUUACACGGGCACAGAGUCAAAAUCUCGUCUACGCAGCCUCAAUGGAGACGUGUUUCAGUGGUAAAACUAAAGACCUUACAGGAUGCUCUUAUCCUCAGCUAUCAUUGUCUGGCAUCUGACAACUUAACAUUCCUGUGUUGUUGUGCAUGCUUUUCUCUUUCCCCUCUGUUCUUGUUUUCAUGUCUGUGUUAACAUUAGCUUUUUCCGCCUGGCCUUGUCGUAUUUUUUGUAAGUCUUCUGUUGCUUUCAUCCUCUUCAUCCUUCACCUCUACUUCAGUGUCCCAAACGGUGAUUGGUAUCAGUUUUGCCAUCAAGAUGUGACCUGCUGGAUUCAUUGUCCCUCUGAACGGUGUGUCUCGCCAUGGCUGAAGGAAGCAGAAAGAGAGAUAUUUGGCUGCUUGAGAUGUUAGCAUUCUUUGGCCUGACUUGAGAAAGGUUUGUUUCACAGAGCGGAGGUGUGUUUGUGCCUUCGGGUGCUGUUUUGUGUCUUUCAGAUUAAUGCAGCCAUAUCACAGCUGUCUUUUAUCACUGUUUUCUCACAUCACCGGUAUCCCACAAUAACAAAAGAGUCCAUGGAAGAACUGAAUAGCAAAGCUCUUUUAUUCCUUAAGCAGUUCCAUUUUUAUCAACUUUAAAAUCUCCUGAUUUUAAAGCUCCUGUGAGGAGGGUCAUGAAAUUCACUGAAGUUCAUCUUUGUGCCUUUUCAUGGUACUGGAUUAAGAUCCAUGGCUUUGGCUUGAGGGUACUCUCUCUUAUCCCAGCCUCCAGUGCUUGCCGGAGGUCUGGUACCUGCCUGACUUGGUGGUGAGUAUGUAAACACAGCCCUCACUUUGGUUAUAAAGGGACCGUCUGGCAAGUUCCCUGAGGAAGUAGGUCAUAAUCCUUAUUCUCCGAGUCAACAAAACACAUGCCAACUCCCAUGCACCCUCUGGAAGUCCUGAAAGGGUAGGAAAAAAUGUAUUCGAAGGAUUUUCAACCUCUUCUGCUGUAUCUAUAACUUACAUUUCCACAACUUUGGUUUUUCCCAUUUCCAUUUUCCAGAGAACAGGUCAAUUUAUAGAUGCGUAUUUGCUCAGAAAACACCACCCACAUGAGGUGAGGAGGCCUGAGACAAAAGCAAAAAGAAAUAUUGAGACUUUGUAAAAUGAACCAAAGCCAACAAUGUGCCUGUCAAGCCUAAUGUUGAAUUAUACAUCCUCUGCUAAGUUCACCACUUUGGUCUGUACUGUAAACAUCCUAAAAUCAGAUUGCCCUGAAAAUCAAUGUCAGUAUUCAUGGUUCCCAGGGGUUGACUCCAGGCUGCAAAGCACAUGUUCCUCAUUCAGAAGUUGUAAAUGCUCUUCUGAAAAAAAAUCAAGACUUACUGUAGUUUUACUGUUCAAAAGUGUGGGUGCUGUAAAAAUGAAAAAUCAUUUGACUGUGACAGUUUCUGGGGAAAUGAUGUCUUCAUUUUCAGAAACAAGGUCCAUACAGUAGGUCAUUAAUGAGUGAGCAGCAGAAGUACUAGAACAACAUGUGGAGGUUUAGUUUGGCUCAGUCUGCGGUUUCACUCCUCUAAUGGAUUUCUCUGGGUCUAAAUCAAAAGGGGUUUUUUUUCUGUCUAGUACUCUUUCAAACAUGAAUGAACUGAAUCACAUGUAGUUUUGUUUUUAUAAAGUUAAUUUUAAUGAGUUAAUGUGCACAAGAGCACAGCUGAGAAAUGCAAAUGGUUGGAGCGCAGAUUUAAUAUGCUAUCGUUUGCAUGGAUGACUUUUCAAGUUUUUUAUUGGUGGGUUUGUAGGCAAAAAUACUUAUAUAAAUAUAUCUUCGCCUUGGCUCCUAGCUUUCUCUUCUGCACCAUUUUAUAAAGCGGGGUCAUAUCCUGCAGAGAGUUAGGAUCAAAAUGACAAUAUAUGUAAAGCUACAUCGUAGUUAAUUGAAUCCAGGCUAUAUGGCUCAUACUUAUAGCUUUCUUUCCAUGGCCUAUCUAGUGGCGAAGAACCCUGGUGCCUGCUUGGAUGAGUAUUAUAUCAACAUUGGGAGACUCCACAACACCACAAGUUGGCUAUGGUAGAUAUAUGAUGCAAGUUUCACUUAAACAAACACAUCAACUGCUUUCUAGUAAUUGAAUUGUGGCAAAGAUUUCUUAACGUACAGUACUGGCCAUGUGGUUUCUGGAUGACUGUGUGGGCUUUUUGAUAAGGUUUUAGCGACCCACUGCCAAAGGUUUAUACCCCUGAGAGGAAGAGUCUUUGCAAGGACAUUGUAGAAACCCCCUCUGUUCCUGAAGAGUCACCACGAGGUUGACUGUUUUUGUUUUUUUUCAAAUGAAAGGUCUCCAGCAACGGUUGUGGUGUACAGUCAAGCGAUUUGACCCAUUCUCACACCACACGCCACACUUGACAUUUCUCAUGCUUAUUUUUCCCCAUUCAAUAUUUAUUUUUUUAAUGAUAAUAAACCUGACUUGCCCUAGUUCGAGUAACUCUGAUUGGCUGACCAAGGUAACCUAUCCCAGACCAAUCCAUCAGUCCUUUGUGCCUAAAUCUAACCAACCCCAAAAGGCACCGCGCAAUAUAAACCAAUCAGGAGCAACGUUAGGCGGGUCUUGGCAUCUCAAACUAUCUUUCACACACAACAGCGCCAACAUUUCAAACCAACUCAAUGCAGUAUUGACAAAUAAAUGUAUUUUGUCAAAAUUCUUGUUACAAUUUUCAUUUCUAAUUUCUGGUAAAUUAAGAAAGGCAUUAGGGAGAGCAGCUGGCAGCUGUCAUGGAGGUGAAGACAUCAGUCUUAAGGUAUAAAUUGACAUAAAAAAGGCAAAAAAAAUUUUUGCUGAACACAUACUGCUUAAGUCUGACUAUUGUCAUUUUCUGAAACUUGGCAGCCUUGAUAUAUACAUAUAUAUAUAUACAUAUAUAUAUACACACAUAUAUAUAUAUAUAUAUAUAUAUAAAAGCAUACCUACCCCCUCACAGCGUUUACAGGCAUUAAAAAAAUACAAUAUCAUUAUCGUCAGUCUUUUUGUAAGUGCCCACAUUCCUGAUCUGUACAUUAUACAGAUUUAUUAUUGCUCAUUACAGUCUGAUUGAUAACCUAUCAAAAACUCCACACAGGAGCUUUCAGAGCCAGCUUUUGCUGUGCACAUAAAAAGCAACAUUGUGGCUGAAAACUGAAAAGCCAUCCCUUAUUUUUGUAAAAUGAGCAAAAUAUCAUCCAUAAAAGUCUAAAAAUACAGCAUGGUGCUCUUAAGAAUGAUGUAUACUUUUUAUCUGACCAAAAUUGAUAGUAGAAGGAGGAUGAAGCAGAGGCUCAAAGACUUUAUUACAGAGCUACCACAUUGAAUCACUCACAGCUAGCUUGACAUUAUCAAUCAAAUUUCCCUCUCAAAAGAAUAUGCCAACAUUGUCAAAUAAAUUGGACAUGAACAGCUACAGAUGGGAUUUUAAUUCAAUACAGGAGAGAACUCACUGUUCAUCAAAAACAGGAUCAUUUAAUCAGGAAGAAGAAGAACUGCUUUGCUAGCAGAGUCUGUGUUUCCAGACACUUGAUACAUGCUGUAAUGUGGAGCUGGCAUUGUUGGAAAACACCAGGCUGACUGUGAUGUCUCUGCCAGGGGAUAACUAAUAAUUUUCCUGUUAUUUGCCUUUGACGUGACUGUCACUUUUAUUGAUGGCUGCUUCUUCUUAACUUGAGGUUUUCUUGUCUGUUAGCAGCUCUGUGAUUUUCCAGUGAAAUCGUUGGAUGGUUUGUGCUUCCACUGUCCCAGAAAUGUCAAAUCCUAGAAUUCAGUCUAUUAUUUAGUUCUGACAUCAAUUUCAGUAGCUUAACUUUCUCUUUUUAAUACCUCCCUAUGCCUUAAAUUUAUAAGGACUGAUGUCUGUAUAAACCCUCAUGGCAUCAAAUUGCCAAAGAAGUCAAGAGAGCUUAAAAAAACGAGCUGAUUUGGAGUUUCUUUUUUAUGCCGAAAGUUUGCAGCUUUAUGUCAUGGGCAGUAAAUGGUAUUGCAAGGUAAGAGUCUGCAGCAGACACCUCAUUGUCAUCCUCCCAAACACAAGACUUCAUUCAGGCUCCAGCAGCAGUGAUUAUGGGCUGCAGGGUUCAGCUGACUCAUGCAGACAAACAGCUAGCUAAAAGGCAAUGUGGGGUAGAAUGGCUUCAGUGCUGCCUGCAGCGCUUGUUUAUCCAACAUGCUGUAAUGUUAUGAGAACUGAUGCUCAGGCCGUGGUUACAAGCUGUAAUGUAAAUAUUAAUGUGUAUGGAAAAGGAAGGCUAUUUAAGGCUUACCAUAUGUUGUAAUAAUUUGAGCCUCUGAUUGUGGAGACUGGUCGUCUUUUGAAGGGUGGAUACCGCCCUGCUUGUCAUUUGAUGUUGAUCUGACUGCCUCCAGGUGUGCUGAAAGGUUUCACUGUAGUUAAAUACAAAUGUGUUUUAGGAAAGAUUAAACUGUUUUUUGACAUACAGUAUAAUUGUUUUGAUUGGUCUGUACAUUAGGUACCUGUUCAAAACAUAGAAAAUCAUCAUAUUUCAAACAGAGUUCUUCGGGAGGGUUCAAGGUGAGACUAUAAAAUGACAGGAAUUAGGUGCAUCCACCUUUAUUGGCUGAAAAGACAUAAAAUAAUUGAUGAAUAUUAGUUUAUGCAGUGCCAAAUACUUAAACAAGCUUAUCAUUUCACCUAAGAGCAGGUACAGGUUUUUGCAAAAAGGUUCAUAAAUACCAAAUAUUGACACUGUCAGUAUAAAGCUGUCAUCAGUUCUUACAUCGAGGUGUUACAGUUAAAUUGGCAAGCAAGCAGAAGAGGCAACACUGAAAUGAUGCAGAUGAUUCAAGAGCAAAUCCCUUCUAUGCAGACUCUGACUCCAAAUAUGCCUGGUGUCAGAGUUGUACUGGGGGGUGUUUUGGCCUUACUUUUAUGUGGACAUGUCAACUCUUUUGAUAUGCAGUCAACAGUUUGGAAAAACUUUGAGUGUUUAGUCUAGUUUUAUGAAGUUUAUUAUUUAGUUUGUCUGGAACCAAGUACAAGACAGACAGACAGCGAUUCUCAACUGAUGGGUUGUGACCAAAAAGUGGGUCAUAGACUCGGCAUCUGCCUGGGCAAAAAAAGUAAAUAAAUUAAAUCCUGUGCUUUUACUUUGAAGGGCACUGACUACAUGAGAUACGGGUUUACAAAGGAGCACGAAAACCAACUUAUUAUUAGUAAGAAAUGACUUUUCAGUAUCUCUACAUUCUUGAAAUAUAGUGUCUUUAAGAUGCACUUUUUGAUUUCGUUUCAAAUGCAGCUAAUUGAGUGUAAAAGGAAAUAUUUCCCUCUUUAUUAUCGCCACCUGUUGGUCUUUUUGGUUAAUGAUUAAACUUGUUUUUUUUUUGCUUGUUAGUACAUUAUGAUAUUCAGCAUAUUUUUUUUUAUACAGAUAAAUUUGAGAAGUCGGAAAUUUCCUCAAUUUGGGUUGCAGCUUGUCAUUCAGGGGUGAUAGUGGGUCGCGAGGCCAAACCAGCUGAGAGCCACUGGUCUACAGUAUAUAAAGAUUUGUUGUUCCAGUUUUAGCUGAUCUGCUAGAUUUCAUCUGCAGUCCCUGGGCAGCUAGACACACAAGCAAUAGGAAACAUAUCAAACAAUUUUUGAGUUUGAUUACAAGAUAUAAAGUUUAAAUAUAGUUCAACACAAAGUUGUUCCCUGAAGAGGGCUUUGAAAUAAAAAACCUGUGCUUUUCUACAACCAUCUUAACUCUGUGCUUCCAUGUAUAAACGUCAUAGCAUGUAGUGUGUUAACUCUGAAUGAGAGCUUUCAGUUCUGUCCUUGCUUUUUAUCUCUACCAUCUCCCCUCUCUGAGAGCUGCAGGAAAGACUUACAGUCCACAUAUUGUGCAUUGAUAUUCAUGUUUUGGCCCAUUUUAUGGAUUUAAAAUGUAUGAAAUUGGCCUACAUAAAUAAUCUGUGGAAGUAUAUGUCAGAUUUCCCUCCAGAAGUGUGUUUCUUGAACUGUGGGGUGGACCCUCACAUGGGCUGCAGGCCUGUUUCUAAUGAGAGUCUAAAUGAACGUGAUCACUACAUAGGAUAAAUAGAAAACAAAUGGAGUGACACAUACUGAGCCUUGAGUUUGAACACCGUGAAAAUUUCCAGAUCUGGACAAUCAGAGAGCUGGUUCAGGUGGAUCAAUUCAAAGAAGAGCAGAGGAGAGGACAAAAAAACUCUGUUUAGAGCUGGAGCAAAAAGAAAUGUUUUCAUUUCGAUUUGCCGUGAGACAAGCAACAAGCAGAAAAACUGAUCCUGAUUAUGUGAGUCAACAUGUUUAACAAAGCCAUGUGAUGGAAACAUCUGGGGAACCAGUGCGGCUGAACCAAAGUUAAUACAGUGCAGAGGAAUGCAAUAGAAGCCCCACAACAUCAGCAUUCUUACAAUUAUCAUGUGUGUUUUGUUUUGAGGCUAACAUGGAAACACUGAAGCAAAGUAAAUAUGGAUGUAGUUUUGCUGUGUGCGGUGAGUCACUGUGUGCAACUCAAAGGUACAAAAAUGUCCUCUCUGACUGGGAUGUUGAUACAAUCUGUGUGUAGCAGGAUUUUUGUUAAGGUUGCACAAUUUUUUCUCUUGAAAGAAUUUGAAAGCGCUCAUAAAACAACUCAAGAACUGCUCAUUAAUUUCCUGUUAGUGUUUGAGGCAUGUUUGAUGAGAUUGAUAAGGUUCAAAUGCAUCAUGAAAGGCAUUGCAUACUGUCUGUCUUUUCCUGAUUAACCCAUUUAAAUUCAUAUUUUGAACCUCAGUGUUAGAGCUGUUCGUAUGUCGUCUGGUCUGCAUACAUCUUACUUGCCUGGUGUAAAUAUCACCCUUCUGACCCACCAAUAAAAAGUGAAAGGAGAAGAUACAUCAAAGUAGAAUUAAAUUGCUUUAGGUGGCACUAAUGGUGAACAUAAUGGUGAAUCUCUGUGUGUAUUUUAGUUGUCUAAAUCCUUCAGCAUAUCUCUACUAUGCUUGCAGUUACUGUAGACCAACAUGCAAAGUGCAAAUCAGGACUAAAAUCCCCCAAGUGGGUAUCAGCUUCUGAGAGAGAGUACACUGUUGACUGAAAUUUCUAACAUGGCAGAAAUUCAUCAAAUCAGUUUGGAGGGGCUUAUCAGGUCAUAUUCAACCCAAGUGGUCCAUUCCAAAAUCAGUUACUCAACUCAAAAAUCUUCUGGAGUCGAACAAACACUGUAUCAAAUGAAUGAAUUUGCAUGGGGAAAAAUAUGUUGUAAAUAAAAACAGCAACCAGCAAACCCUGACCCAUUCAAACAUAACAGUCAGUAUGUUCACAUGCACAUUUAAGUCGACGAUUAUGUUGACAAUUUGGCUGGACCUCUGCUACGGUAGGUGCAACAUGUCCCCUUUCAGGUCAUAACUUCUGGAUUGAAUUUAUACAAACCAAAACAAUCUACAAAAGACGUCAGCAAGUGGCAAACAGAAUAUGCAUCGAAAAAUAAAACCCUCACUUUUACAGCUCUUAAACUUUUGUCGUUGCAGUACAAAAGUUUCCUCUUGUUUACGCAGCAACAUAUUUAUACUUUACAACUUCCUGGACCAAAGCAGAGAAAAUUGGUCCAAUUAUAAGAAGUCUGUGGGAGAUGUCCCUAAGGUUCCUUUUAGGGAAAUAAAAAAGAAAAUCUAUUGUAGGUUUAAAUUUAAAUGAAAGUGAUUUUCAUUUGAAUUGUUUCACUUUUUAUACAUUUUUGCGUAACAUGCCUCAUGGUAUCUUUUGAUUGCAUACUUAACUAUUUGCUUUUGAUACUCCUCAAACUGAAAAAAAAAAAAAAAAAAAAAAAAAAAUAUAUAUAUAUAUAUAUAUAUAUAUAUAUAAAAAAAAAUAUAUAUAUAUAUAUAUAUAUAUAUAUAUAUAUAUAUAUAUGUAUUAGUAAAUAAACUGGUUACAAGCAGCAAUUCCCUGUUCCACCUUUCACAUUUAUAGAAAAGGACAUUUAAAUAUAAAACUACUUGAGAAAUAUAAGGGCACUUACGGGACACUUAAUCAUUGUCAGGUAUUCAGUUUCUUAACAUUUUCCCUCUGCUGCUUUAUAUACACAAUUUGACUUUUCACUCUCUUUCUUCCAUCCUGACUGAAACCAAAGAAUGAUUUAUUGCUUGAUACCAGCUAUAAGCAGUAUGAGGGGCAAACAAAGGGGCAAUUGUCACAAAUCACCUGGCACAUUUUGGCCUCAAAGUUUACUGGGCUUGCCAAAGGCUACAUCAUACAUGAGACCUAAUUUUAGGAAAAUACAGCUUUUUUAAAAACAUAAUUUUCGUCUCCUACCCCCUUCCUCCUUCCCAGCAAUCAAUCAUUUUCAAUCAAGGAUGUCUGAUUUUCAUUUUUGUUUUUAACUCCAUGACAAGCGGAAGGUUGGUCACUCCCCUCCAAGAAAAAGGUGCUGAUGGUCUUCGUGUGAAAUUCUUGAAGCUACAAAUUUGGUCUUAAUACUUCCGUCAUCCCUUUUUGAGGAGAAGUGUGGGAAACUGUACAGCUAUUAGAAAAGUCUUGCUUAUUAUUUUAAGACGAUAUUGUUUGGACUGAUCAGAAAACAUGCAAAGAAAAUGCAAAGAAUCCCUCCUUCUGGGUUUUUUUCCCCAAGUUUUUCUUUCUUUUCUUUUUUUACUUCUUUCUUUAAAACUCAAAGUAUCUAAGAGCAGAGACUUUUUUCCUCCUUAAAACACACUAAAGCCUUUGGGGACAUGUCAAAAUUGAUGGUUUAUGUGUGUUUAAGUACUUGUGUUUAUGUGAGCAUGUGUGUGUGUGUGUGUGCAUGCAUAUAUAUGUGUGUGUGUGUGACCCUUUGAAGUUUUGAAGUCCGCCCACCCUUCUGCAGCCCUGCAUUGUGCCCAACAGCUCCAUUUGUCCCACCUUAAUCCCUUUGACAUAAACUCACAUAAAUCACACCGAGUUGUUUCUAAAUGUGGGCAGGCUGGAAAACUCGGCCUCUGUCUCUCUGUCACACACUUGAUUUCCAGCUACCAUAGAGAAUUUAAAGAGCUGCUCGGUGUUCAUUUAACCGACUACCUGUAUUGAUAAUGAUCUCAACUAAAAGUGAAAAUGAAUGCGGCUUUUUUGUUUGGAGCUCAAAGAUGAAUAAAUGAGGUGCAUGAAUUGAGUAAAUCAAGCCAACUGCUUCAGAAACAGCUCAAGUAGAAGGUAAACAUGCAUCCACAGCUUGUCAGUUUCUUGAAAGCUCAAUCAAUCCAGAAUCUUGUGGUGCAUCAUCCUCCCUACUCUUGCUUUCACCAAGAGGACAAGCUCCUAAAGAGUGAGACCGAGUCAAUUGUUGACUUUGCACUUCUCGCUUGAAUCCCCUCAGUCUUUUUCCACGACACGCUGGAGCAGAGUUUUCGUCCCAGAGAUGGAGCAGCAUCAUGGCACCCAUAGUGCGUCUAGGCCGACCCCUCUCUAUCGAUGGCUCUGGGCCAGAUUAAAGUGCCGGGGCUCAUUGUUUACACAGCUCUGUGGUGCCACGGCUGAGCAGGCCUAAACAAUGAGCCCCUGCUCCCCCUUGUCAGAGUGAGGGGAAGAAUGGAGACCUCUUGACAUGGCAACCUGAAGCCUCAAUGCCCCCACUUUAUGUAGUGAAGAGGGUCAGCAUUAGAGAAAAGAAGAAGAAAGGGGAUGGGAGGGCAGGUUAGAGAUAAGGAAGAAGGAGAAUGAAGAAAUAAGACUGGAGGGGGAUAAAAAAGAGGCUGGUAUGAAAAAAUGUUCAUGGAAGAAUGAGGAAGAAGAAGAACAAGUGAAUAAGAAGGAUACAAUGAAGAGGAAAGUUGAACAUUUAGAUAUUUUUGAGGAAAAUGAGCUUUAUUUGGAAGAGAUCUGGAUGAGAAAAAAAAAAAAAAACUUCAGAACUUCAUUUGAUUCCUCAAACUCUUUGAAAUUGAACUUUUUUGGGACACUCGGAUAUUUUUCAGCUGAACCUGUGCUGCUUCUGGACUGUACUUUCAGCUUCAUGUUUAUCGUUUUAGGAAGUUACAUGACUUGAUUUUCACCAAAAUAAGAUUGUUAGCUUUAUCAUUCAAUUCAGCAUAAAGAUAUGGGGGAAAGCAAGCAGCUAGCCUAUAGCUUUGUCUAAGGUUCAAAGAGUUAUUUACGUAAAACUCCAUCCAUCCAUCUUCUACCGCUUAUCCAGAGUUUUUUUUCCCAGGCCAGCUGAGAGAAGUAGUUUCUCCAGUGUGUCCUGGGUCUUCCCUGUGGUGGAAGGUCGCUUCCCCAGCGAGGCUUCCUAGUUAGACGCUCAAGCCACCUCAUCUUACUCAUCUCCCCAGCCAACCUGCAGUGGAAACUCAUUUCAGCCGCUUGUACAUGAGAUGUAAAACUCCACAACUCCCAAACAUCACCUUGUAGCUUCUAACAGAGCAGCACAACCUCCUAACUUCACCUCCAGAGUAAAACUACUGUCUUGAGAGCGAUAUCUCGAUCUACUCAUCUUGGCAAAAUGAAUUUAAAUAUUUCAUUUGUUUUCCCCUUUUUUCCUGCCAUGUCGCUCUGUAUCUUCCAUCUGCUACUUAUUUGACUGCUGUGGCUUCUGGUGCACUCUCUCUGGUCAAGUUUCCCCCUUAAAGCAGUAAAAUUAAACUUGUAAACAUGUUACACCAGGUUACGCAAUGCCAUAAAGUGUAUGUGUUUGCUUUCAGCAUAAGAGAAACAAUGUGAACAAAGGAGAAACUCUUUUCCCUGCUGAGUUUAGUGUGUAUAUAUAUAUAUGCUUAGUAUACUCUGAAACAUUGCAGUCUCUAGAAGUGAAUUCUUCCGGCUAAGUAGCUGAUAUGCAGCAUAAAAACUUGGUGGUCAGUGCUAUUCUCUCUUUUUUUUCAGGUCAUUUUCUUGGCAACAAUACAGUGAUUGAUGUGCUUCGUCGCCAGGGAUACGAGGUGGAGCACACCCCUGCUGGGCAGCCCAUAAACAGGUACAUUUACUGCUGAAGUGCUCUUUAACACCCCCAACAUAAACACAAAUACACACCUCCUAGCAUAAUUUGUGUCGAUCACAAAACGCCCUCGCAAAUGAAAAUGGUCCUCUCCUAUUACUGACUUUGCUACAGUCCAGCAAUUUGUCAAAGUCAAGAUAUAUUUUUUCAAUAUUUCAUCAAACUCUGAUCCUGCCAAAAAUCCUUUAUUCUUGAAUUUGCCUGGAUUGCUUGUCUAUGUUUCAAUCACCUGCCACUAAAAAGUGAAAUAGAAAGCGGCACUGCAGGAGACAGUUGAGCCUAACUUUGAGUUUUUACCCAGAAACACUCAAGUUUGUUUUUUCAAUAACACACAAAAAAUAUGUGAAUGAAUACCAGAAAUACCAAAGGGUUGGUUUUAUAACACUUAAUUAUUUUUCAAGUUUCUGGGGAGGCUGCUUUUGGACUUUCUCAUAUUUGAAGGAUGAUUUUACAAACAAAUUCAAGUAUAAUGAGGACAUUGAGAGAUGCUGGAUGAAGAACCAAGCAGAAAAGGCUUUGUUCUCUUGUAGUUUUAGACGUUAUGAAUUCCUCUGAAAACAUGACUCCAUGAAACUCCGGUCCAUAUUUUAUCACUUAAACUGGUGUAAGGUUUCCUUCCUGGCCACAUUAUACUGGGCAACCGCUGCCUCAUGGUUCUGACAGGAGGAUAGAUUUCCCUCAACCUUUUCAUCGGCUGGAUUUGAAAAAGGAAAUCAUUUUCCGAGUAAGCACAACUCCAUAGUUGAUCCGUGUUCAUUUUCUAAACCCAAAACAGAUGUUCAAGUUCUCUUUCAGCAUUUAUGUGUUGUCUGCACAUUACCAAAAACUAAACACAGAAGCUGUCCGUCGAGACUCUUCUCCUCGCUUCGUUUCUCUAUAUGUCUAUGAACACAAAUAAUGGUUUUAUUGGCCUUUCUUGAGGUCAGUCAUGUGUUUAUUUAUGAACCAGCAGGAUUUACACUGAAGUGUGAGCUUCUCUGUUGUGAACAGACAUGAACUAGUGACCUCUUAAUCCCAGAAGAGGUGAACAUAGAUCUUAUCAAAGAGGAGAAAAGAAACAGCUCGAGUCAGAGGUCUGGUGUUGUUUCAGUGGCUUUAAACUUUGAGCACAUGACUAUUAAACAGAAUGGUUAUACUCGAGCAAUAUUUCUCUAAUAUUUGUAAAGAAAGUGUCACGGUACCUAUGUGAACAAACUACAUUUUUUGGUUAACAUUUAUUUAAGACAUUUGACUGUGCACAAAUCUCCACAUAUGAAAUGUGUUCACCAGCAGAAUUAUAAGAAUAAAUAUCCUUAUUUUGGAUUCUUGAAACUGGUGUGAAGGGGUAGGGGUCAACUAAGGAGCCUUGUUUGAUGAUUUCCCAAAUAACAUUUAUAAUAAUAAUGAUAAUGAAUCAGAUUUUAUAUAGCGCUUUAUCAGCGACCCUCAAACGUAGCUGCCAGUUUACGCCUACAGCCACAAAACAUCACUCACACAUGAGUGUGAGUGAUGUUUAAGCUCUUGCUAAGGAUGUUGGACAACUGCUCUACCCCUAAACUGCCGCCCUUAAUAUUCAAUUAAGAAUGCAUCUGAAUGUCAAAAGUCAGCUUUGAAAGACUGCUUUAGCCACUGUGGGGGCACCAAAAGUGACACAGACCAAAAGUUCCUUACAGGAGCUUUAAGUAACCUGACUGUAAUCUCACAACUUAACAAAAGCACUUUAUUCUCAGAAUAAAAUGACUUUUACUACAACUUUAUAAAAAUGACAUGGGAAAAUAAACUCUUAUCGUUUGUGGAAAGUACAGUUCCAGUUACAGUAUAUGCAGGACUAAUCUACACUCUGUAUUCAGGACCAGUUGCAUUGUGAGCUGCGUGUCUAAUUCAGUAUUAUGUGGUCUGUUAAUAAGUUCAACUCAUUGUUACCUAACUCUUUCUUAACAAUAAUCAGCUGUUUGGAUCUCCUACAGGCCUGUAGUAUUUUCGUUGUCAGGUUUUGAUUUGCAACAUUUUUUUGUGUAUUUUUGGGUGUUUUGAAUAUCUUAUUGUUUAUGAAUAUGCGGCGUGUUGUCAAUGACGUUGUUUGAUGCUUUUGGACCCUUUUCAUCAGCUGUGUGUUUUUGUUUUGCUGUUUCUGAAUUUGCAGCCAUUGUGAGCCAUUUUGGAUCAGUUGUCAGCCGCCACAGUGGAAGCGCUAUAUCAAGUUAAUUUCUAUGUAAAAUUGACUUUCAGUACUGCUCUUGUAUCAAAUGGCAGACAAUGUACAAGUAAAACACAGCCUGAACCGUAAUGAUGAAAAAAAAAAUCACAGAAAAAACAAUGUCACAAUUACCACGAGAGUGCUGACUGUCUCUAGUAUACUUAGAGCAAGAAGCUCAGGUAUCCUCAUGUCUCAAACCCUUUAGGUUUUUUGGUGCUUUUUCCACCCUGGAAGAUUGUAGAGUAGAUUAAACUGACUGAAUUCCCAUCGGCCACCUAUGAAUAGUUGUUGAAAAGGCCAAACCAAGCAGAGCCUAAACCUCCUGCUGUGAAGCAUGUAGUGCAGUGUACCAUGGCACAGUGUGCGGGCGAUAUCUUACAGUAGAUCUCUGUUUUGUGUGUGUGUGUGUGUGUGUGUGUGUGUAUGUGUGUGUGUGUGAAUCUACUUUCAUUCACCAACUCUGAGUGUGAUGAAGGAUUACCACCCUGUGAUGGACCUGAUUUUGAUCUACUCACAUGGGACUGCUUUCACAGGAGUUUACUCUCAAUCAAUCAAUCCCCGACAAAAUGAUGUAGCUGCUAGCCAGCAAGAGCGUUAUAAUCACGAGUAUUCGCUUGUAUUUUCCAUUUCUUUCAUCAGCCAAUACUGUACCUGUCUUUUUCGGGCAUGAUUUGACCCUAUUUUAAACACACUUAAAAAAAAUUGAGUCGAACAGAAAAUUUGGAUAACUGCAGGUAAAGAAACUGUCCCUCCAAUCCAAAUAUGGUUUAAUAAAGAUAAUCACAGCCAGAAAAAUAAGGUGGUCAUAAAAUCACAAAAACGAAGAACACAAUGAAAUUCUUGGCCAUCUUCACUUUAUGUCAGGAACUAAUUCACUUAUUAAGAACAGAAUAAUUGAGUCAUAACUAAAGAAAUCUGUCCCCAAAGGGAGCUGAGCUUGCUUCCUCUGAAAACAUCGUAUACUUGGGAUCUUUCCAGAUUUUAAUUUCAUGAUCAUGUAUAGGGAUCAGGACAGAAACCGGGCUUCUCGAAGGAGCAGUAAACUCAUCAAUUUCAUCUCUUCAGGCCUGUGGAUCCUGAGAUAAAACUUAAUAUCUCGAGCUGAGUCAUCCCAUUUAAAUAAAAUCAGAGGUGCACAAACAUACAUGAAUUUAAACAAAAUUUAAUUGCCAGUCAAUAGGUAUUAAACUACAGCAUGAAUGAUUCUGGUGGUCAGCUGAUGGUGAGGGUGGCUGCACAUUAAAAGAAGCUAAAACAGAAUGAAGUUGCUCCGACUGUGUUGAGAUUCUUGUUGAUAUCAGCAGGACAGAAGCUAGUUAGACUAAACUUAUCAAGUGUAUAACAAAUGAUGAUGCAUUAUGAUGUGAUCUGGGUCAAGUCAGGUGUAUAAGACACUUGCUUUAUCUAAAUACUAUCUAAUUUUAUUUCAGGAGAUCGUCUUCCAGAUCUUCCUCAUCAGACUCAGAGGACCACCAUGCUGAACCCCCCCUCUUGGAGCCUUUCCUCCAUGAGCUCCCCCACAAAGAGGAAGAUCAGGGGCGUCCCCUGGAGGACGGUCUCUUACCCCACAUGCUCUUGCCAGCAGACAGCCUAGAGCUGCUGGAGAAAGCAGAGAGGAGGAUGCUGAAGAAGAAGAGGAGGAACAAGCAGAAAAAACAGCGGCACCGGCAUUUCAACGACCUGUGGGUCCGCAUCGAGGAGAGGUAAGGACAACGUAUGAGAGUUUUGUCUAAUCUGUAACGGGUUGUCAGUCUUAGCUGCUGUGAAACAGGAUGAGGAGAAAUUUAGCAGAGCAGAAACACGAGGUCAAAGGUGAGGACAAAAGAAAAGAACAGAUCCAUGAAAGUUUGAACUGUGAGAAGACAGACAGAGAGGAUGUGAGAGGGGAAAUUGUAAAUGUGUAACGCAGUCUAUCCGCUUGUCUAUAGGAUAAAACUGACACUUCCUGCUGUGAUGCCGCAGGCUCAAACAACCAACAUAUCAAAUCGCCUUACUUUUCAUGCAGUCUGCACACACUUUAACACACAUCCACACGCCCUGCAGUGUGGUAUGAGUCCUGACUAGUUUCUAGAUGGUAUAAGUGUCUUGGAUGUGAAAAUAACAGCCUGGGAAUUCCUACUAAGUAUCCGGUUUUGGGCUCACAGUAGCUCCAGGCAGGGACUAACCGGACAACAAAACAAGCUCACCUUUCAGACAAAAACGAGACCUCAGCACAAGGUGUGGUCUGAGGUGAAACUUGUCUCUCGUAGAGGGAAAAUGUCUUAAUGGAUAUGAUUGUGUAACUGUGAAGAACGCAGGAACAUUUAUCUGACUCUCCAUGCCUCAAUCUCUCCUUCUAAGAGUAUCCCAGCGUACACAGAGGAGAGAUGUUAGAUAGACAGUCGAGAUAAUCCAGAUUUCACCUGACUUUGUGUGUCUUUGAGCAGUGAGGGGAAAUAAGAGCAUCUACUCUGCAUAACCACAACCUCACUAUACCCUCCCCCUUAAUCAGCCCCUUUCACACAUGCACUAUAUUUUUGAAAAUUUCUAGACACCGUCAAAAAGGGAUGCAUGUGGGAAUGGAAACAUUCAGUCUGGGCAUUAGACUGGACUUGAAGCAGACAUUUUCCUGUCUGCCUUUUGGUAAAUAACCUGAAAAAGAUCUGGGUGAAGAGCAGAUAACUUACCUAGCUAGGUGUGGGACAUGCGCUACAAGCAGCAGAAAUUUUUGUUGGCUUGGAUUUUGGGGAGGGGUCAGUUCAGGGAAAGGCCAGGUCCCCUAGUCUAAGGCCUUGUUUAUACGUACCCGGUUAUUUUUAAAAACCAAGACAUUAACCAUCGUUUGCACCCUUCGUUUAGACGCAAACAGAGAAUUCGCCCCUUAAAACAAUGCUUUUUAAAUACUCCAGUCAAAAUGGAGAAAAACUGACAUUUGGGUAGCCGAAAGGUAGUGGAAAGAAGGAAGUUACUUUGUUGUUAUUGCUGCUAUGUGGAAUUCUGAUUGGCUAACGUGUGCUUGAGCUUCUCGCUACACUGCCACCUACAGGUUUGGCAUGCUCUUUAUGGCAUAUAUACACUGGUUAGUGUAAACACAAACUUUUCUGAAAACGUAGUGGUGUGCAUGCAGUUUUUUUUGUUUUUUUUUUGUGAAUGGAGAGGGUGAAAUGUCAGUUUAUGAAAGUAGCCGGGCACGUUUAAAAGCAGUCUAGAUAAAGAGAAUAAAAAAUAUAUUCAUGUUUGUGUGAAUUCUUGCCCAAGCACACAUACUAGCACCUUAAUGUAAAUGUAUGGAUGCUCACCACAUGCCACCACUUUAAAAGUCAGUGCCCAGUUUUGGCCACACCAGACAAAAAGUUAGCCUUAAACCCUGAUGACGGUUUAGAAAGAAGACUGCUGCAUCCAAAGAGGCAGAAGAAACAUCUUUGAGUUCUAUCUAGUGCAGCAUCUAAAGGCUACUGACAAAUCAUAUAAGAUAAUAAAAUAGUUGCUUUUCCCUUAUGCUGUCAAACGAGUGAACUCCUGCACUGUGGGUGAUCAAACCCUACGUACAGUUAUCACAAGUAAUACAUCUAGACUUGUUGUAAUACUCUCUUUAUUGUUUUAGUGAACAAUUAUCCCAAAGAUUUUAGAUUUGAGAUAACCACAUGCAUGCCAUGGUACAUUUGCAAGAUAUGCUCUAAAAGAACUACAAAUAAAUGAUGGACAAGGGUUUGAAAACUGCAGGACUCACAUGAACAUGAACAUGAACAUGUAAUUUCCAUGCCUAGUAUACACUGUUCCAAAUUACUGAAGGGGGAAAAAAAUCGAACUAUGUAGCGUCUGUUCUUCCCGGGAACAGAGGUCGUUUGUGAACGCUUGUUUACAUUAUGUCUACAGAAAUGUUUUCUUUCUUUCUGAGAGACUCGGUAUUUUGAAGUGAGAGGAAGCAGACAGUUUGUGUGCACGUUUCGAAGUGUACACCCUGCAUGUCUUUGUAUAUUUUAACUUCUGUAAAGGUGAAGGAACGGGGAAAGGUAGCAGGAGCAGCACCGAGGUCCUCUUUUGUGUUGGAUGUGUGGCUCCAGAGCAGUGGGUCAGCUGGUUUUCUCACACCUCCACUUAGUCUGAAGUCUAAAUAAACCUGCUGCUUGAACUCAAAACUGUCCUUUGACAUGAAAAUCCUUGCUGGAUAAGUCAAAAUAAAGCAGUGUCAAGUGAAAAAAAAUGUCUUAAAGUACCCUUAGAAAGAUUGGACUAUCAGUUUAGGUUCAUUUAGAAAUCCCUUCAUUCUUGUUUAUCUGUGUUUUCUUGGACAACUCACUAAUGGAUAGUUAAAUGAGAUAUUUUUUCCAACAAUGCUGUGUUAAAUUACCAGCAGGUUCUGAUUUCAGGACCAUGUGCGUGUUUGUUUUGUCUGUUUCAUGCAAAUGCUCCAGACGGAUCAUCAAACAGCAGAAAGGUUUGAUUGCUAAAUGUGUUAGAAAUUGAACGGAUAAGGAGAAAUGUACAAAGAGCCAGACAAACCUUACGGAAUCAAUAAUUUUAUAUGAGGAAGAGAGAAAAAAAUGAAGCAGUCAUUAAAUCUUAACCAUGAGCAGAUCAAUAAGUUGCACGCCCAGGAGUUUUUAAUUGCUUUAAAACUCUGCUGAUUGGUCACAACAUUAUUAUUUCCAUCCUGGCAUUUUGCUGUUUUGUCCAAAAGUAUUUAUGAUCCGGUGUUGCGGAAAAAGUCAUGUUUGUCUGCUGAUUAGAUGAAGAAAAAAGCAGUUUAGUGGCUCUUCUGAAAGGAAGCUAAUGUUAAAAACAUUCAUGGACAUUUUAUUAAAUACAGGAUGUUUUGGAGCGUCUUCACUCAAAUUUAAAAUAACGGGUAAGGGGUUCUUUAAGGUACCUGUCAAUAGUAAAUGUCUUACCCACAGAAGAUGCAGCUAAACUCAGUCCCUUCAAAGAAAACCUGGCACAGAAGCUUUAAUUGUUCAAAAUGCGACUGUUUAAAGCAGGAUUUAUUUUUUUGACACUGAAUAUAUUGACAUGGGCAAAAUGACGUUGGUCAUCGUCGUAAAUUUUGCUAUCAGGAAAUUUUCGGUGUAUUGCCCAGCCCUACUGGGAACAUGGGAAAACAACUUCACCUUUGGUGCUAUGGCACCUAUGGCUAAAUCCUUAAGGACAAACAUAAAUACACUGGCCAUGCCACUCAGAGGGAAGUUCUCAUAAUAACCUAAUAUUCUGUUAAAUUUACAUGAAAGUGAAAGUUCCAGACACCUAAGCCCUUGUGCCAGUUUUAGGUGUGAAAAUUUACAAUAUAAAAAUCAACAAUCUUGUUGCAGAUGGUCUUGUUUGCUUUUAUAUCAUAAACAGGCAUGGGUAUGGAUUUCACUCUUUCACGUAAAUGUCCAAAAGUUCCUUACAGGAGCUUCAGAUGAAAUUUUCUAAGUCUAAUUUGUCUUUUCCAUUUUCUUCUCUUUUAUCCACAGCUCUAUGGUCCAGUCUCCUCCUCCACCAAUGGUCCGCAUCAUAAAUGGUUACAUUACAGUGCAGCCACCUGACAGAGUCCACAGCUACCACAACUACCAUCACACAUCAUCAUCAUCGUCAACAUCGACCGCCUUCACUUCCUCGCUGUCUUCAGUCAUUACUCUCUGUGCGGUGCUGAUGAUGCAGACAUGGACUUCACUCCUCUGGUAGAUCAUUAGUUGAACCUCUAUUAACAUUCAAUAGAGUAUGAACUCUCACAUAUGGUUCAGUCUAUCAGCUCAGUGAGGCUGCACAAGAGCACACUGACUCUGUGCAGAAAUGAAGCGUGGAGAAAGGAUGUGAAAUCAGCCAGAGCUGUUGGGUAACAGCACACUCCAUGGAUGUUAGGUAACAUAAGUUUGUACUGCUGGGACUGAACGGGGAAUUAUUUCAGUGGAGCACAUCUUUUACAAAUGGAGUCCUCGAUGAGCAUGUUCAGGCAUCAUAAGGUUUUAGUUUUUGUUCAAAUGCAGUGGCAGGAGUGUGACAGACAAGACAAGUGACAGCUCAAAAACAGGACGUAUUAUCAAACAUCUCACAGACAUAUCAGCCCUCUAAUGGACUUGAGUGUUACAGUACACGCAUCAUAUACAGUCAGUACCUCUGAGAUUAAAGGAGCUCCCUGAAGGGAUUUUGUCAGUAAGAGAACAGGAGAACUUUGCUAUAUAUAAAAAAAAUAUUUCUGAAUAUCAGAUACCUCCAGUUAGCACAGCUGGAACUAUUUGUUCUUUGUAUAAGUAUGUGUGUGAGAGAGAGAAAGGAAGUUGGUGUUGUUGUGUGUGUGUGUGUGUGUGUGUGUGUGUGUGUGUGUGUGUGUGUGUGUGUGUGUGUGUGUGUUUGUGUGUGUCAGAGACGGAAACAAAGUCUAUCAGCUCUUAAACCCUCAGGCCUUUCAAACAGAAGACUUAAAUGUAUUCUUCCAUUGAAGAAAACUCUUCUAAGGCGUACUUUGGGGGAAAUUGUACAUAGUGUAUCUAAAUAUUAGAGAUGUAUUUUAGAACUAUCAAAGUUAUCAAAAGUGUUGUUGUUGUUGUUGUUGUUCAUAUAAAUAUAUAAAUAGAUAUGCAGUAUAUUUUUUGAAAUGAAAAUCAGGAACUAACCACCAUAGCCCGUGUGUCGUGUGUCUCACUGAAAUGAAAGGGACAUGUGAUUGUAUUGUACUUUAUAUGACAGUGUUAUCACUUUGCUUUGCUGUAUGUGUCGACUGUGAGUUCUCAUGGUAUGUGUUGUUUUUUUUUCACAUAGAAAUGUUGUUUUGCUGUUUAAUUUAUUUAACUUCUAUAGUUUCGCUUUAGGCCAUAUGAUACAUUCCCCUUGUUUGUUCUGUUUAAACCAGAUGUGUUAUUUUUAAAUGUGUUUGAGUAUGAUUGCCAAUGCAUACCAUUAUAACAAUAAUAAAAAUAUUGAAUCACUA